GGGUACACGGAGCGCAAGUUAACAGCGGUGCGGCUCGCGCUCACUCAGCCAACUACAGUCACAGACUAAAACCUUUUACAGUCCCUUUUAUUUCAGAUCCUCCUUUUUUAAGAUCAUUUCGUUAAAAAGCAGAAACAGUCAACUUCGUUUCCAGUCGCUGGAAGGACAGAGGACUUGUUUCCAAAGCUGAACGAAGCAGGCAGUAUUUUCAUGUUGAAAGUUGGAUUAUACUAACGGAGCCGCUCACUCUGAGAGGAAAUACAAUCUAGCAGAUGCUGCUCAGAAGAUGAGCAGAAGUGGAGGACGGAUUGGACACACAAGAGGAAUCCCUGGCUGUCAUCGGUAAAUACAAUAUUUUUAUAUUUCUAGCUGUUCGAUAAAAUUCACACGUUUUCUCAUGAACCAAAAUACAAUGACUUAACCUGAAAACAAAACAAAAAAACAGACGAACUAAAUCCAUCAAGCUCAAAAUUAACAUCGACUCAACAUUUCUAUUUAUACUCUCAUAACAAUCAGCUGUCAAGCUUAUAUUUAGAUCCACAGACGAGUUGUUGUCAAUUAUUUUAAGCUUGUGAUGUUUCCUGAUUUACAGGUUGGGGGAAAAAGUUCAAUAUCUAUAACAAAACAAAACAAACAAAAAAAGGCUUUUUUCUUUGUCCUCUGUCUGUGAUGUGUUAAUAUCCAAGUGUGUUAAUAUCUAAGUGGAUGUCAAGGUAAUGUGACUCUGGUAAUUUACAGUUUCUUAAGCAGAAAGGUCAGUGUUACAGUUCAUCUAACCCUUAGCCCUCUGGUAAAAUCAGACACUUGUUCAUUAAUUUGACGAAAUUGCUGCAUUAACUAAAUUUCUCUUUUCUACUUAACCUGGUGAUGCAGACAGGUGUCAGGUGUAACCGGCCAUAAAAUGACCCAGGUCAAACCCAGGCACAGUGAAGUAUUCGAUUUGUUUUUGCAAAUUUGUUUUUGUUGCGUUUCACUUGUUAUGUAUUUCUUGAAUUAGGUAACUGCAUAAUGUUAUAAUAAGACCCACAGUGAACUCAUCAGACCACUCUGUCUCAAUUAAACUGAAUUCCAGCUGGGACUGGAAUAAAUAAAUUCAUUCUUCAGACAGAAACAAGACACCCCGAACUUAAUUAAAGCUUCUGGAAAAACAACAAUUAUUUCAACGACUAAUUUGUCUGUUUUACCCUCUUGCAAAGAAAAUCAUUUCCGUCACAGCGCCUCACCUGAGGCCAAGACGGUUACAAACUUUAAAACUCUUCACAAGUAAUCCUCUUCUCAUAUGUAUAGAUCUGGAAUGUAUUGAUUAAUUAUUUCAUUCGAUAACAGCAAUACAACUAUUGGCUUCCCAUUCUGCACAUGAAAGAAAAACAGAUACAGGAGUGAAUACAAAGUAAGUGUUUGGAGAGUUAAUUGUCCAGCUGUGAUCCUAAUUAGACCCACAUGGGCAGCAUCACGUAAUAGCGGGAUAACCACAUGUGGCCUCUUGGUCCCUCCUGCUGCUUCUUAACUUGACGGUAAAGAGUGUGGCUAAUAAACAGGCUAACUGGUAAACACCUGUCACAUAACUAAACAAACAUAUUCAUUACUACCACUGCACAUCUGCUGGUGACAUAAGAGAUGCAAGCUUGUUCUUGGAGCAGAGGGAUCAGCCGUGUAGUGCUUGCAGGUGCACAGCACAUGAAUGAGCAAUGUUUCGCUCUAUGUGGUCCCCGGUGGUCAUUUGAAAACAUUAGUGGGCGGCUCAGGUGCUUCAAUGCAUACAAAACACAUAUUAAUGCAUUUUUGUGACACAUAAAGUCAUCUUCUGCUUUUUAAGUGCUUCUCUGAUCAGCUGGGUGAACAUGUCUGGUCAAGAUUAUCAUGAUAAGUGUGGCUGAAUGAAGCAAAAUGAUAAUAUGAGGUCAGCGUUUGCAUUUUGAAAUGUCCUAUAUAAUUAUUCGCCGCUCAUAUGCAUGCGAUACGUCGUGCAUUGCUAAAUGGCCUGACGGAGAUCUGGGCUCGAGGGGUUAUAACUGAAAGCAGAGAGCGCUUUCUGAUCUUUUUUUCCCCUAUGGAGUAUGAAAGUACUGUGCGCCAUAUGAGACUGUUCAGCUGCAGCCUGCAGAGGAUUGUCAGAGAAGAAGAAGAAGAGAGGAGCUGUCCUAUUGUUUCAAAGCUCUAUCAGCUCUGAAGGAAGAUUUUAUUUUUAUCUCAUAGAAAGCUGCACUCUUAUUUAAUAACUUUGUUCUCUAUGCCUGUGUAAUGUUGGUAUCAUAAAGUCUGAUGUCAGCUUUGAUUUGUCAUGUGUGUUCAUGAGGUUGGAAACUCUGGCUUAAGUAUUCGUCUGCCUCACUGUCCACAAAUGCGCAAAAAGCUCCACAGACGCCAUUAAUUUAACGGUCAUCUUUGAUAUAUUGUAAUAUUUAUACCACAUGUGAGUGUCGUAGAUUUGUGCUUUGUCAGUGUGAGGCUCUGUGGCUCCAAAGCGAGAUAUUAAUGUACUUAUAUAGUAGUAGUCUGAGCGGUGAGCCAGAGUUAAGUAAUGAUCUGCUUACAGCCCACUUAUGGUACACACGGCAUAUCUUGUCUUGAUGCUUUACAACUCCAGCUUAGAGACAACUUUCUUGUGGCUUUGACUGAGUAGAUGUUAAAUUCAUGUAGAACAACAGGACGGCUGCUUCACUAUUGAAUUAUCAGAACAAUUAAAGGGAUAUUCCGGCGUAAGAUUGAGUUAGAGUCAAACACACUGUAACACAGAGUUACAGGCAAAACCCACAGAAUCCGUCCGGCUCUGCAGCGGAUCGGCCCCGACUUUAAUGUAUAUUCAAAAUACAUUAAAGUCAAUACACUGAACUGUUCUUAACUUGAUAAUAGGAGAGGCCAGGGUUGUGGGAUGUGGGAGUUUUAUGUACACCGAUCGGCGGAUCUCAUUCUAUGACUCCCCGGGAAACACGUGAGAGCUCAUGAGAUCUCGUCCAGUCUCGCGAGAAAUAUCGGUAAUCUCUCGAGCGCUUCUCCUCAGAUAGCGGUUGUGGAUCAGAUCUGCCUGCUGGUCCAGUCCAGAGCGGAACCUAUCCGGAUCUAGUGGGAUUUCUGGGUAAGACACCUUGUCAAGAGAUGAACAUUGCCGACCGCUUGCUUGUCUAGUUAUAGCAACUUGAUUAAAGAACGCACGAUAGUAAUACAGAGAGCCACAUGCUCAACCAAAAAGCCACUCUAUAGCAACAAAUAAUGCUCAGAACAGCACCUAACUUCAUCAACAGUACAUAUAGGGUCCCAGCCAUAGUACUACCCACCAAACAUCUAUUUAACUUUGCCCGAUUUCUUUAGCAAAGAGACUAAACACAACUCACCUACUCUCUUCCAGCAGCCACUUAUCAUGCAGUCGUUACUAAAGUUGGUAUAACUAGAGAGACAAGCGCUCUGCAUUAUUCAUCUCUUGAGGGGGUGUCUAACUCGGUAUUACGUUGUGUUUGACCCUAACUUUAUUUUACGUUGGAAUAUCCCUUUAAAUCUUCUGAUUUCAAUCUGAAGGGAGUCGAGUGGAACGGAUCUGCCCAUGUCAUAGACUUCCUGUCGCAAGAAAGUUAAUUUUGACAACUCAUGAGGGAAUUUGAUCAGAAUUACUGAGCUGGGCAGAUGACUAACAAGACUUAUAUAACAUUGUUCAGAGCUGUUUAGAGAAGAGCAUCAUUAUGAACCAAGUGAACUCGCUGUGUCAUGGGCUAAAUGUAACAUAAUGAUGAUUGCCCUGAGUGAUCCGAAGAGGGCCAUAGAAGAGCCAUGAAAGUGCGGUCCAUUUACCUACAGCUGAAUGAAUAUAUAUAAAUAAAUAGAAUAACAAAACAGUCAGCCAUUAAAACAGUAUUUUUAGUGUAGGGAGCAGAUGAUAAGACGGUGAUCUUCUUUGAAGCUACACUCAGCCAUGCCUUCCAAAUAAACAGACGUAAAUCAGCACUCCGGCUGCAAAACCCUUCAGGGCCUUCCUUGUCCACAAACAUUUGCUUUUCCUGUUCAUCUCUGAUCCAUUACAGACCGAGUCUAGUGCUAGAUAAUCAAUCUGCCCGGACAUCAAACAUACUGUCUGUAAACAUACAGUUAAUCUGUUGAAGACUGUUCGAGGAGGAAACAUCAAAGGAAGAGGGACCAACCUGUUCUCCUUCAGGUUGUCAAAAACCAGAACUGUGUCAAGCCCGUUUGUUACAAGAUACUGUUCAUCUGCAUGAGGGGACCUUCAGCACCAGUACCUCCAAUGUAUGCUGUUUGACAUGCUCAAAGCAGGCAUUCAUUAUAUCUGACAGUCCAUUAGGCAGCUUCGUUGAAAGACUGACAAUGUCGUGGCGAGGGUUAGGAUCAUAGGAAGACUUCACCUAGGAGACUAGAGUUGGAGGCAGUGAUUCGUGCAAUCCAUUCACACAGUGGAAUAAAGACUGCCAAAGAGAUAAGCUAAGAAGAUAAAGCCUAAAGAUGCUAAAAAGAGAUUAAUAGAUGGAUAAUGUGUCUCUACUUCCCUGGUUCCAUUAAAAGCAAAAAUACUCCUCACUGCAGGCGCUGACAUCUGGCACAUUUGGAGUCUGGCUAAAGGAGGUCAGCUGGUGAAGCUACGAUAACUAAAACACAUGUUCUACUUGCAGAUAAAACUGAGAAGAGCUCUCGGAUCAGGCUCCGCUUCUUGUGUCGGAUAGAAGUGGAGUCUCAGAAAGGAGAACUGUGACUUUAUGGUGUGAGCUUAAAGGGAUACUCCGGUGUAAAAUUAAUUUAGGGUCAAACACACCCAAACACCAAGUUAGACACCCCCUCGAGAGAUGAAUGCUGCCGACCGCUUGCUUCUCUGGUUAUACCAACUUUAGUAACGACUGCAGGAUAGCAAUACAGAAAGCUACGUGCUCAACCAAAACGCCACUCUACAGCCACAAAUAAUGCUCAGAACAGCACCUAACUUCAUCAGCACUAGCCGUCAAACAUCUUUUAAGACUGAGGCGGGGUCACGCAGCUCAAGGAAGAACAUUUAUGAUCAUUUCUUCAUGGAAAUGCAAUCAGACAGAGACGCUAAGGCAGAAGAACUACCGCGUCCGUAGUGAAAAAUGAUUAAUAUGGAGAUAAUUACUUUAAGGAAAUAAUAAAAAAUCAUCAAUAUUCCUCCUUGAGCUGAUUCUUCCCCCCGCCUCAGUCGAUGAUGGACUGGUUGAGGUCUCGCUACAAACAAGCGGCUGCUGGAAGAGAGUGGGUGAGUUGUGUUUAGUCUCUUUGCUAGAGAAAUUAGUCAAAGUAAAAAGAUGUUUGGUGGCUAGUGCUGUGACUAUGACCCUUUAUCUACUGUUGAUGAAGUUAGGUGCUGUUCUGAGCAUUAUGUGUGGCUAUAGAGUGGCGUUUUGGUUGAGGUUUGUUUAUGGCUCCUCAGACUGCUGUGUAUUGCUAUCGUGCGGUCGAUACUAAAGUUGGUAUAACUAGAGAAGCAAGCGGUCGUUGUUUUGGCUUUAUUAUUGGGGAACUGUUGUGCUGUCUGUCUUUUCGUACAGCUUGAGGGCGUUGCAUUGUGUUGUUUUUUGUUGCUGCAGCAAAGUUGAAUUGACUUUCAGAGCACGUUUCCCAGGCAUUGUUGGAGACAUUUCAUCUGACACCAGUUGCAUUGCCCUUUUUAAGUCAUGCUCUUAGGAAAGAUCAUGAAGUUAUCAGUGCUUCAAGGAGAGGAAGCUUUUUUAUCUCACAUGAAUGCUUUUGUCUGCUCACUGAUGAUAUAGUGCAGCAUAUAACAGACACUCUGCAGGAUUGAGGUUAAAGAGAGGUGAACGGGAGAGAGACUUGCAGCUUCAGAGAAGAAGGAGAGGGAGGACAGGAUCACAAAACUUGUGUCUCUGCUUUUCGCGGUUUGCUGACUAUGAGUCAUCAAACAAUGAGAGCGAAAGAGAAACUGAAGAUGAGAGGAAAAAAAAAACACAAAGGCUUUUUCCAAUUCUUCAUUUACGCCCUUAUUUUCUAUUUCAACAGCACCAAAAAGAGUAAAAGACAAAAGUGCAUCAACAAGAGACAACAAUCAAAAGGGUCUAAUGAGAUGGGCCUGCAGAGCAAACAAAAGAAACCAAGCUAAAGAGAGAUAAUGAGGUGAUCCUGCUUUGUUUGACGGCGUGUGUUGGUGCUAUGGACAGGUGUGAGAAAGGGGAAUAGGUGUCAGCACCUAUCAGGCGAGUCCUGAUGUCCUGUAAGGGUCUACAUGCUCCAAUUCAAACAUACCUCCACAAGGGACCCGGGAGAGCUAAGAAUAGCUUCCACUACAAAGAGCUGUCACUGUGGAUUGUGAGGGUCCAUCUAGAUAUCCCCUAAGCCCCCCUCAGAGCUGUGUGUCAUACAGCUCGUAACACUGCAUGUCCAGAAGCUCAAACACACAGUAUGUGUUGUGCAAAUUUAAAAUACUGAAUGUGAAACACGUACAUUUCCCCUUUUCAUUGUCAUGUUAGUUUGUAUAGAUAUGCACGAUUGAAAAGGAAAGUUCUGAACCAAUCCGCUCCUGCAGAGUGAGAGGAAAUAGAUACAGCUUAUCAAAUAGACAUCGACUCCCGUGUCGCUGUAAGCUACAAUUUUCUUGGGUUAUUUGCCUCUCUUAUACUCUCGAGCACACACAGGGUUAAACGGAUAACGGAGGUAAUGAAAUCUUCCCAAGUGCACCUUAACAGUCUGCCAAAGCAGCUGUCACGUUUAAUGAAACCUCUUUACCUACAGAGAGAAUUGCAUCAGUGAUUUGUUUCCUAUUUGUUCUUUACAGACUAGAUACGCUUAUUCAAGCACUGGAAACCUGUUCUCAGGUGUGGAUUGUGGUCACCUUAUAUGUUUUUAGUGUCAGUAGAGAGGUCCUGGAACGAUUUUCACUCGCCUGAUAUCAAAAAUUAGGGCUGGGCGAUAUGGCCUCAAAUCAAUAUCCUGAUAUAUUGAGCAGUUCACCUUGAUAGCGAUAAAUGGACGAUAACUACUCCACCAGCUACUCACCCCCUCCAACAUUAACUUUGUCUACUUCAGCCGCCGCUGCAACUUUUGAACCGUCCUCCAUCUUCUUACAUGUCUUUCCCUCUUUUUACGGACUGGAUGGGGUGGAGUCACGUCUUCAACGUAGGACAGCAUCUUAAAGAGACAUGAGACAAUAGCUUACCUACACACAUCCAAAACCAACCUUUAUUUAUUUAUUUUGACACUGAUAUAUAUUGACAUGGGCAAAAUGAUGUUGGUUAUUGUCCUAAAUUUCACUAUCUGUAAAUUUUCGGUUUAUUGCCCAGCCCUAUAAAAAAUUCAAACUUGUGUGCUGGUAGAAACAAAUGACCAAUCUAUUGAUACAUGUUGUUGUGUUACAGCUGCAGAUUUGUGCCUUUCGAAAAAUUAGUAGACUCUAAAUAUAAUAAAAAGGCUUUCGGACUUCCACCCUUUCACAUGGAUUGUAGUGAGGAUAACAGCCACGUUCAGGACAGUGGUUAGCUGGUGCACUUCAGUUUCAGGGGAUGAGGCCACAGUGAUUUCUGCUCAUUUCUUUUCCUUCCCUGUCUCUGUACAAAGUGGACACACUGAAGAGUUUUUUGACCACCUUACACCAAAUGAUCAACCUCACCCCAUCUCACGUGAUUUUAUCCAGAAUUCUCCGCUUAUUGAAGGCUGAAGCAUUGCAUGUUGUUAUACCAAUGCUGUUUUAAAAUUAAAAUAACUGCUCUUCCUUAAAAUAUAAACCUUACACAAUUUUGUGGUGUCCUUUCUGCUCUUUCAGUUUUGUUGCAAAUAAAUUCAUGAAGGCAAAGAAAUUCAACUUGCUGUGUAAGCUAUUGUUUCAGAUCAGUGAAGCAGAAUUGUAAGAAGUUAGGAGCAGAUCUUAUUCUUGCAUUUCCCUCUCGGCUCAUCUGAGCAGUAUCCCUGCUCUCGGGUCUCUGGGUAGCGUCUUUUGCCUUUCCUCCUUGUUGUCUGCUCAGGACCAGUAUCAGAUAUAAAGUGGAGCACAUUCCAUCACUUACUGGGUGGCUGCCAACAGCUUACCUUCCUGCCCCCGCGAACAAAUCCAGACAAUGUUUUGAUGUUGCCUGCUCUGCGGGAAAAUGACAAGAUUAAUCACUCUGACCGGCUGAAAGAGCCGUACGUGCCCUCAUGGUGGACAGGCUCAAUUGUUUCUGCAAGGCUGCUCAAUAGGAAUCAGCUCCUGGGCUUUCUCUUUUUCAGUAAUUGUUACUAAAGGGUUUUUUUAUAGCAGCAGGACGAUGAGUGGAUGUCUUGCCACAGUCAGAAAUCAGUUCUGGAACUUCUGGAAGAAUGUUAUUUAUAUUACCAGGGCUGAAAGUAAGCCGGUACACAGCGGUACGCCAUACCAGGAAGACUUAAAAAGCAGCCGGUACGCAGCGGUACACAAACUUUCACCCCUGCAAAAUAUGUAGGCUACAUUAGCUUACCGUGUUUCCGCAUGUCUGUCUGCAUUCAUUGUAACCGUAGUAAUCCAAUAGGAACAUGCUGCUUGUGAGUGAGUCAUAUUCGCUUCCGCAAAGAAACAAACUCCAGCGCUCAGUGCGCACUUUUGAUUGGACGCUGGUUGCCUAGGCGCUGGGGACGAAGGGAACUUUUAAACAGACAGCUGAUUCACCGGGACAGCACGUACGCAUUUCAACCUUCCAAUCCAGGAGCGCGGACAAUCUGUAGUUUUUAAAUCAUUUCCGGAGUCGUGGCGAAUCAAAUCAUCACACCUGUCUGCCUCUGAUAGGCUAAUAAAGCGAUCGGAUUCAUGCCCGGAUCUUGCUACGUGCUUCGUGAGGAAAGUAAACAAUGAUGGAGGCAGAGAGCAGCUUCAGAGGAGAAACAUCCAGCAGGGUGAACAACCUCUUCAUAUUGAGUGUUUUGGUUCACACUAUCGGCGAUUUCUGUGAGUGUUGCAUGACUUUGGGUGAGCACAGACAUGAACACACUGUCAGCCACGUAUUUAUUUAUUUAUUUAAACUUAGAGCUGCUUUUGUACUGGCACUACACUGGGGCAGCUGCAUACCCUUUUAACAUUUUUUUUAUAUUUACUGCCACUUGUUUUACAGAAAGCAAAUAGUUUGUUAUUCUCCAGUGCGGAGCCUUUACUUUUAUUCAAACAGCCGCUUUAUUUCAUCUGAGUUUGUUUGUUCAAGGUUUUCAAUAAUGUGAUGAAGGUUCAGAAAAAUAAAAGAUACUUAUCUUAAAAGCUACAUGUAUAAGCUCUAAACGAUAUAAAUGUUUUAUCAACAGAUCCUGUCCUGCAAUCCAUACAAGGGCAGCAUAGAUAGUGAGUGCAUCUCUGAGUCUUUAAAGGGGACAAAGAAAAAACACGAGCGGCGGUGAUGUUGGCGUCUGGAUUUGCAGAAAAAAAUGUUCACGGUUAGGGUUUAGGAUGUAACUUUUCAAUCAAAGCGGCGCAGAAGCUACAGCUUAAUAAACUGUAAACUGUUCGAGCCCUUGUCCCUGCAAGGAAAAGACAACUGUGAUAGAGUGGGAAAAGUGUGAUAGAAAGGGAGGGCAGCUUGUCACUUAAUUCGUGAGGUCUAUCACUUGCCGGAUGCUCUCUGCUGAAGUGAUGACUGCCGCUGAAAUCUCCUCAAACUGAAUUUAAACCACCCUGAAAGUUACAUCAUGCUGUGCCGUCAUCCACUGUGAUUAACUCUGAUUGACAGCACCUGUAGUGAGAGGGGGGUGCUGGGUUUUUGUAACGGAUUACAAACAUGCGUGUAAAUCUGUAAGUAAUUAUGAGACAAAUCAGAGAGAAAGGCAUUAAUAUUUAAAUACUUAUUUAAGCCGAUAAAGCAGUGAAGCGUAAACUUAAUUUAUGUUAUGAUUACUCCUGCUGGCUUUGUUUUUGUGAUUGUUAAACAUUCAUUUAACACAUGAAGUGCUGUCACUCUGUAAUACGUUGUAAAGAGGUUGUGGUCAUUACUGUGAGACCAUUACUGUGAGUCUUGUUUGUAUUAGCUGGCAACACCAGCCUGCACUUGGAUGUUAAUCUUGGUUCAUGUUAUUUCAAAAGCUGUGGACUUAUCUGCAGCUUCCACACACUCAGUGCUGUGUUUGCCCCACAUUAAGCAAAAAGUGGGUCUGUUUGUUGAAGGCAAAUAACAAAAAGCCAAAGUGCACAAAGGAGCCCCAUCAGUCACUGAUUUAUCCAAAAAAAAAGCUUGUUUUUUUUCCCUCUGUGACUAUAACAAGUGAGGAACGGAGCGCUGAAAUCACAGAGCAUGGUUUCCUUCCAGUUGAUUUUGGUGGCAUACAGCAUAUCCUACGCAUGUGACCUCCUCUCUUUUAUUCACAGUAUUUGUUUGGUUGGACAUGAGCGAAUACAAAUGGCUCAUUUAUGCUCUGUGUUAUAUGCAUAUGAAUGGAUGAAGCCCUCUGCCCCUACUUUGCAGUCAUGGCAUCUGUAAUAGUUUUUGGAAGCCUACACUGUUGCAGGACCACUGGAAAUUGUAGGGGCAGGGUUAUGUUCAAUAGUUAAAUUAUUCAAGGUUGAAGAGUAGAGGAACUUUUAGAGGGAAAUUGCACAGCUUGGUUUGAAACUAGGGUUGGGCGGUAUCCAAAUUUUGAUGCUUACAUACCGUCUCCACAUUUUACUGCGGUAUACGGUAUUACCAUGACUUAAGGCUUAGACAUUAUCACCAAACUGUUGGCUUGUGCCUACACCGUUCAGAAACUGAAUACCAAACACUAAUAAUGAAACAAUAACAAACUUUCAAGGAGUUACAGUAUUGAGAAGCUAUGUAGCGCUCUGCCAAUACUUCCUGUGUUUUGCAACGACUGCCUACCUCAAGUGGUUACGACUACCAUAGUAAACCCUACACAGGUGCAUGCCAAACUCUCAGCUUUCUAACACUAUUGAAAUUUUUCUGAUCAGACAAACUUUGACAGAGUUACUGUAGUAACACUAACAAAACAUGGUGCCGGCGCUAUGACGGUAUUCAAACUGAUACCGUUUCUUUUGAAAGACACCGCCGGUAAACCUUAUUACCUUAUUACCGCCCAACCCUAUUCGAAACUAUAGACAUAAUAAAGCUAAGCCUGUGCUAGUCCAGGCAGGCAACUCCAGCUGCACUGAUUUCACAUUUGACAUGCAUUAUUCAUGCUAGGGCUGGGUGUUAUGGCCUCAAGUCAGUAUCAUGAUAUAUUGAGCAGUUCACCUUGAUAACAAAAAAAGGACGAUAACUCCUCCACAAGCUGCUCACCCCCUUCAACAUGAACUUUUUCUACUUCAGCCGCCGCUCCAGCUACUACAACUUUUAAACCGUCCUCCAUCUCCUCACCUGUCUUUCCCUCUUUGUUACGGACUGGAUGGGGUGGAGUCAAGCCUCCGACAUAGGACAGCGUCUUUAAGGGACAUUUGACCAUAGCCUACCUGCACACAUCCAAAACCACCUUUAAUUUAUUUACUUCUUUGACACCGAAUAUAUUGACGUGGGCAAAAUUUUGCUGGUUAUUGUUGUAAAUUUCGGUAUCGGUAGAUUUUUGGUUUAUCGCCCAGCCCUAAUUCAUACAAUCACAUGACAAACAUAUCUAUUCAAACUGUGAGAUCUCCAGUCUCUGAAACUGUUGUCACUGCUUUGGCUGCAUCCUCUUGCAGGCUCUCACUAAGGGGUUUAAAAUAUUGCCUCAACACUCCUCAGUUUCUGCAUUUUUAAAGUAAAACUGCAAGAUGAAAUGAGGAAGGGACUCAGACACCAAACACAGUGUUCUGCUGCUGCUGCCACAAGCAAUGGUUCGAAUCAUAAAUGUGAGUUGUCUAACUGGAGUGUACACAUGAUGUUACCUUGCCCUUUUACGGGGACAGGCACCUUCAGCAGAGCAGCCAGGUGAAGGGAGAGUCAGUGCCAGACCGGUUUGUUCAAGCACCCUCUUGUACAUGCAUCGAUUAAUUCCCAUCGAUAAAUGAAGGACCCGCAGGUAUAUUAGGGUUAGGGUCAUUUUUUGCCUCGUAGAUAUUUUAGGGAGAGGAAUUUUUACAAUGCACAUCAAAGCCAUACUUUGCAGCCCUGCAUAUUAAACUGCCAACACCGGCAUUAGAUUAUAUAAAAGGAACCAGGCAUGGGAGUGGGAGCGGGUGCGGACAGCUUUGAUAUUUGACCCCAGAAGAUGUGGACCAAUCAUAAUCAUAUCACUCAAAGCCGUCCCUCCCAUAUGUUAACAUUUAAGGGUCUCUAGUGUGUUACUCUCUGCAGAAAAUCAACCUGUCAUUUACAUUCGCUGAGAGCUUAUGUACCGUAGAUUGACUGAGGUAUGUAACCUCACGCUCAGCAGGUCAGGGCUGGAAUUAUCUCCCAGCACUCAGAUAAGUCAUGUUGACUUGACAGAAGUCGGUGGGUUGUAAUGAUUGGAAUACAUCAGUGGUGCUCAAAGAUAACUCACACAAUCAGGCUUAAAGUGGCUUAAAUGAUUACUCACUAAUGACCAACCCGUGUGAACGUGGUCUUUCAGGAUCCACGGUGUCAGAUUUAAAAUCUUGAGAGGUGGCGUUGUGUUCAUGUGUAGUUUUAAGCGUUGCUCAGUGGAGGAGUUAACCUGUGUGUCCUGUGGGAAGUGAAUUCCUCUUCAGUGCACACACAGAGGCAUUUCCAUGCAGGGUGGAGACUGGAACAAAACGAUUUAUCACAGCAGAAUCGAUACUAGAAAAAGGCUUUGAAAUAUAAAAGUACACAACAAGGUUUUGCUUUUUUCUGCGCUGCUUUGUAAACCCUGGAGGAGGUAACACUAUUGAGCCAUUUUCUGUUUGCUCAGACCCGUGUUUGUGAGGCACUAAAAAUACCCCCUCCUCCCUCUCUACAUGUGUGGGUCGGGGGUCAAUUGUAGCUCCCUUUUGCCCCCCCCUCCCCCCAACAAGUCCUAUUAUCGCUGCACAGAGCACAAAUAACAGCCGCUAGGUAACAACUGUAACGAGACCUUUAAGGCACGCUCUGGUCACAUGACGAGGUGUCCACAUCACCUGCAAUUUCUAAACCAGCGCUUAACUAAGAUGUUUCUUUUUGUAGUCUUCUCCUUUGUAAUUUUUUUCUUUCACAAAUACCAUAAACAACUAGAAAUACAUCAGUGGCAUCAUUUACAUAUAUAUUUUAAUUCUAACACUAAUUAGCAACAACACUCGUCUUUCCUUUCAUUAGCAGGAGGUCCUUGAAAUCCCAUUAGUUGCAAGGUGAGACUUCCACAGGUCUGACUGCACAUUUCAUGGAUGCUCCAUUGGAUGAACAUGUGGGGAAAUUGGAGACCAAGACGAAGCACCUUGAACUCAUUCUCUUGUUCCUCCAGGCAUCAGAACUAGAUCAUUAUUCUUUGGUCCUAAUCUGAAGCUCAGGCACAUUGAAGGCUGUUAAACACAGAUUAGUAUGGCCACCCUGCAGCCAUACAGUCUCAUACACAACAGACUGCGCUCUGCCCUUCUGUCAGAUUUAGCGUAAAUUUUUUCAGCGAUCUGAGCUCCAGCUCUUCUGUUGACCAGCUUCAUUUCUUCAUGUUCGUCAGUUUUCCUUUCUUUGACCCUUGCAGAGGAACACCUUAUAAAAAGUGGACUUUAGUAAUCUGCUAAUCCUGUCUUCUUACUAUUGUAUAACCUUCGUCAAACAUGUCUUCAUAUUUUAGGACGACGAUAUUCUAAAUCCCCAAUAAGAGGACACGAUUGCACGGAGGCGGAGUCAAGGAGUCGCACAAAGAUAAUUUUGAGAGUUUUUCAGGUUGGAUCAGGUGUCUUUUACGCACUUUUAACUCAGUAACGCUGCAUCCAAGUUACCUCAGAAGUCAGAAGUCCGAGCUAAAAAUUACGUCACACCUGAGUUCCCAGCGUUUCAGUUCAGGCAAACGCUAAAAUAACUUCCGUAGAUGUAGCCAUCUUGUUUCCACCUCCAAUUUUGCUAUUUUCCGACUUGGUAAUUGAAACGCUGGGAACUCGGGUGUGAUGUCAUUUUCAGCUUGGACAUCUGACUUCCAAGAUAACUUGAACGCAGCGUAAACCACCUGACACAAACUCUAAACUUCCGUACAAAACUGUGAACAUUUGAAGGAUUUUAUAAACUUCCUCAGACAAACCAGGACAGCCUGGACAGCCCCCUAAAAUGAGGACAUGUCCAGGUAAAAUAGGACAUAUGGUCACCCUAUCAUAUCUACAUACUUGUCCAUUUUUCUUACUUCCAACACAUGAACUUUGAGGACAAAGAGUCUCCCCUACUGCCAAACAUUGUCUAUAAAUUUAGGCCCAGUUAAUGAUAUUUAGGUCACCUGUUAGAGGUUAUAUUUUUAUAAGUGAUUGUUCUAGUGACAUUUUGGCAAAUCCUUGAACGAUAUUAAGUGCCUGUCGAUCAGAUUUCCAAAUUCAGACAAUGAGAUCAGAUUGUUUUGUGUUGCAACAUCACAAAAAGGUUGGUAUAAAUAGAGGAAACAAUGAUUCAAUAGUUUCAUUCAGAUGUUAUUUCCUACGAAUAUCUUUAUUUUAAUCUUGUGUUGCCAUGACAUAAAAGAUGGUAAAAUUGAGAUCGCUAGUGCUGUAAAAGCUACCACAGUGUGACAAACUAAAUCUUAAUAAAUCAAGUCAAAAAUUUUAGUGCCUCUAAAUGUUCACUCUGUUGGUCAGAAAGAAAGCUAUCUUUAUAAAUAAAGGGCUUGUCAUUGACUAAUGCUUUCAAAUAAAAAACAUUGUAGAGCAUCUAAAAGGUCUGAAAAUAGUCAUAUUGCUGCACAAUUAGCACUGAAUGGACGGUUGAAUCAUAAUAGUGUGAAAAUCGGUAACACCAAACAACAAAACCAUCAAAAGCGCGGCUCAUGAAAAGGAUUAUGACUCUUGAUGGAUCCAAGCGUACUUGUUAGGUGUUUUGCAUGCAGCCGAGCUUUUAACAGACCUUAACUAAAUAAUGUCUCGAUAGGAGAGCUUUGGCAGAGAUGAUUUUGAACAUAUGUGAAUUUUGACAUGAGAUAUAUUUUCCCUGAGCUGUUAGCUGUGCUGUGAGAGCACUUAAUGCAUAGUGAGCCUUUGCAGCAUGUAGUAUCCACAAGAGAGAGAGAACAAAAUGUGCCUGUGAAGCUGCUAUUCUGUGUACAAUUCAAUAUUGCAGAUGUAAUUAGAAUAUGUAUGACACACAUGCACAUCUGAGAGAAAUAACCUUUAAUUUAUGGCUCAUUUCGUAUCAAAUACAGCUGCAUAUGUGUUACUGCUCAUGAGAUUCAUCACUGAUGAGCGGCACGAGUCAAACUUUUACCAAGAAAGCACUAAAGAAGUUGAAAGUUCUGUCUGUGACUGAUCUUGGCUUUGACGUUUUCAACAUUUUUAUUUGAUGACCUGUGUAACUCAGUGUGGAAAUUGAAAAAUCUUGAAGAGAAACAGUAGUUUUUCUUUUUUCUAUAACCUCCACUGAACCAUCUAUUUUCAGAGGGUUGCAGAGGUUAAUACCGCUCCAGGUUUUGAAUGAGAGCUGGACACGUUUCAGGAUUUGAACAGCAUACGGUGUCAGAGUAAUAUCUUCCAGAGGUUGUUUUAUUUUUGUGUGUGUGUGUGUACGUCUGUUACCUUUCCAUGAAUGAAGGUUUUCUCUUCAGUCCUCAACGCUGGUGGUUGCUAGUGGGAGUAAAAAAACAACAAGCCCUCCUGCGUCAUUGACGAGACUGCUGAUGUCAGUGUGUUUUUGACCUGAGGGGCUGAAAAAGGGCCUCCAAAUACUGUGUAAACAGGCAGGAGACAUUGACCUCCAUCUACAUGUUUCAGACAUACAAACAGUCACACUCUCCCUGCAGCGUGCUGUCAAAGUAACACAAGGGGGGAACACACACAAACUUUGGUGCUGGAUUUAAUGACCUAAUAACCGUCAGUACAUAAAACCUCUGCCACUAACAUUAAAAUAUCGCUUUUGGCUCGUCCAGAAUAGAACAUAACAUUUUAUUUAUGCUCCCUGCCAGCUGUUUGUGUUUUUCUUUUCACUUUGAGAAGUACUCCGGGUGAUCAAACUCACUCUUACUUGUUUCUUUUUGUUGUUAACCAUCAGUCUUAUUAUGUAACUCGGGAUGAAUAGAGUCACACAAACAUUCCUGCUCCUGCUGAAAUCACAGGACUAAAGCUUGUUUUAUGCUCCCAACGUUUUGUCUAAUAAAGUGAGAAAUUAAUCUUCACACUUUAAGACCCACUCCGAUGAAAAUCAUGUUUUUCUUUUUUUUAUAAGUUCAUAUGGCAUUUUUCUGAUGCUACAGGAAAUUUGAUUUUCUGAGUAUUUCUUUAUUCAAAUCGCUGUAAAUCUCUGGCAGACCCAAACGGCAGGUUCAGGAACAGUGAGAUUUCAUAUGUAACCAAUCCAAGCUCCGCCCCCUUAGCCCCGCUAUGCAGGCCACACUCUGCAUAUAGAGGAGAAAUACAGAGGAUGAUCGCGGAACAAGCGUGUGCGGUGGCGGGUUGCAAUGCUCGUAAGAAAGCUAACUAUGAUAUAGGCUUUCAUCAUGUCCCUAAAGAUAAUAGUGUCCGAGAGCUGAAAAGCUUCUAUGUUACCUGCCACUUCUACUACACCGGCGAUGUUAGGCUGCAAGCUAGCGUGAAGAGGAGUGUGCAGAGCGGCGCUGUCUCCGCCCAUGACUCAGAGGCGAAUAAUGAGCUAUUGGAGCUCUGCUGAAGAAAAGUCCUUGAAAAUAACACAGGUAACACGAUUAUAGCUGAAAAAUUCAUAAUCACAAUUUAAAGACAGCUGAUAACACUUAAAGAAGUAAAAUAAAAUGAUUGGGAUGGGACUUCAAUGAAUUGAGAUGGAAAUUGUUAAAAUAUGGAGAUACAACUCUCUCUAUGUCAUUUAUAGGGUGACAAUCUAGCUGGUAAGGUUACUAUGAAGAAUUGUAAACCAAGGAGAGGUGUUAAACUCACCGCUGCUCGCUUACUCACCUCGGCUCAGCUGGCCAAUUACCAUGUGAACUGUGUGUGAAUAUCUGCUUGUCAGUUUAAGGGCGAUAGAGAAAUGGUUACAGCGUUUCCCGAAGAAUGAUCCCGUACCUGGGGCAGUGAAAGAUUGUGCAAAUCAUCGACGAUUUAACGCAGAUAAAAAGAAAAAUUGUAAAAUUAUGCACGGGUACAUACUUAGGCGGUCAAAUUCGCUUGGUUAAAUUAACAAGCAUGACUCUGUUUCCCUUUUUGUCUGUGCUGCUUCAUGCCUGUCACCUCAUUCUUGUAUAGUGCCUUCUCUUGUCAAACUUUGUCUCCCCCUUUCUAUGUUCUCCCCCCUCCUCCACCGAGCUUGGUUGUCAUAAACUCAAUACAUCAAAUAUUCAUGACACACAAGCCCACUACUGCUGUGAAGCAUUUUUCAUUCCCUCCACAGACAUAUAUUCAACCGGAGAGUCUUGCAAGUGCUGAACAUAUCCUCCCACAACCUCCGCUCGACAAGUAUUUCUCAGUAUUUUGUCCAUCAGCAUAACAAAGCUUAUCUGCAAACAUACUCUCUUUGCAUACCAUUUCAUCUGUCAUUUCUCGUGCGUAACAUUUCUCCUGAGACGAUGUAAAGUAGAUCGAUUCACAGCAGUGAUACCAGAAUGUCAUAUGUGCUAUACGUUUUUCAUGUAUAUAAUACUUUCUAUCUCCUUUAGGACCACUUGAGUAAAAAUGACUAUAAAGGGGCAGUGCAUUAAAAGUUAAGGUAAUCUGUCAGUCCCCACAAUGAUAGCCAAACAGGAAAAUGUGUCUCCUUGUGUGUGCAUGUGUACAUAACUGUGUGCUAAUCUAUUUUACUGCCUAACUACUCUCUGUUUGCUCGUUGCAUUACCUGCAUUACAAGACCAGCUGACAGGUGUGUUUUGUGCAGGCUGACAUAACUGCAGCUAUGACACCGGUGUGUGACUGUUUGACCUGAACAAGAUACUUAAAAACGAAACAGUGAAGACUAACUGUGGUUUUAAUGUUUGAAUUUAGUUGAGAGUAGAUUGAAAUCAGAUAUAGACAUCCAAAUCCUAAUUUCAACAGCAUUUCUCCAAAGUAAUCUGGGAUGUCUGAGCAGAUAAAGAUGGCUCACAAACAUUGUAAAGGAUGCGUUUUUUCAAUAUUUUCUAGAGACAGGAAUAGGCAAUUAUAGUGUGUACCACUAGGAGAGCAUUCGGCCUUCAUGCUGGAUUUCACAGGAUCUAAUUCUGACUCAGUUGUGUCAUUUUUUCCACUUCCUACUGUCUUGCUCUGUUUUACAGCCACUAUAGCUGCCGAAAUAAUGAGUUGCCACCUAAAAAAUUGCUGUCAGGGUGUGAGGACAUAUGAGGGCAGAAAAAUAAUUGAAAUCUGACAUUCAGAAUCUCCAACAAGCCUCAAUUCGCUGCGAGUUACAAACGGCAAACUGCUAAACUGUGAAACGAUAUGAAUGUGUAAAAGUUUAAAACACCCUGUUGUUUUUGAACACGCAGUUUUUGUUUCUUGACAGAUUAACACAGGAUUUUCACCAUUCACCUUCUGCCAAUUUCUACUGGAUCCGUUUGUGAGGCAAAUUUCGUGGCGGAUUACGGACAGCAGGAAUCGUGAGAACUCACAAGAACCCGCGGAUUUACGUGCAAUAACAAGUUGUCUUUAGCCACAGAGGCUAAUCAUAUAAACAGUAGAUUGUGUCCUUCCAGAGGAAGAUUUCUACUUCUAGACUAAUGAAAUCAGCAUCUCCUCAUCCAUGGUGUCAUCAGGGUGAAAUUCUGUCUAUAAACGUUUCACUUGUUCUGCCUGUUUUCAUUGUUAGAUACGAGUGUUUUAUUUUGAAAAGAAGCCGGAUGUUUUAUUUUGUGUCUGUGCCUGAUUUUCUUUUCAGCACGAGUUAAUCUGUGCUGAAUUUAUCCGACAUGCUCCGGCGUCCAGAAAAAAUAGAACUAUUGCGAUCAAUUGCAGAGUCCGACGAUCCGCAGCAGAACGGAAAGAAGCCGGUGGAAAUUGACACAUUAACUGGAAUGGUUGCGAUCGACGAUCGGCGGAUACGGCCUUUUUCAAAGCUGUUGCACUUUCAAAUGAGCUGCCAGCUGAUGCGAUUAUUCUUUGAUACUUUGUCCACAUUUAUAAUUUUUCCAACAUUUAUUCUUCCAUAUUUGUCUCACAGCUACUCUGAAUUUGUUCCUAACUUUACCAGGCUCACCUCAUUGUGUCCUCCUCUUCUUUUCUUGCUCACUCUGCUGCUCACUGUAGCGUGAGACGCUAAUAUCUUGUUUACUUUGCGCCACACUUUCUCAUGAAUGACUGAAGAUGUCGACGCCGCGUAGCGCACGUCGCUCUCCUUUCGGUGAUGAGAGGCAGGAUGUGUCAAUUUACACCGCAUCGCUAAUGUACAGACAUGGGAAACGAUAACAGCGUAGAUCUCGCCUGCCUAAUUGAAUGACUGAAACCAACCCUGCCAAGAGUGUUUGACAACAUUCACACACACUCGCUGUUCAUGAUCAGCUCUCUGUUUUGUGUUUUGCUCUAAAUCAGCCUGAACAAACUGGCGUGUGUGUGUGUCUGUUGCUGUGAUCCAAACACUUUAAUAGAUGAGGUCAAGUUAUAACAAGCGAACCCAGAGCUUUUCAUGGGAGGAAUUAAAGUCUCAGACGUACUAAAGAAUUAGCAAGGCUGACACACAGGCUUUUUGUCGCCUUUUGGAUAUGACACAGUCGUUAAUUUGUGGAUAAAAAGCCGAUUUGCUGUGUAUAAUAAAAUCAGCAGAGCUAAACAAGACCCAAACUGUAAACACCAAUAACUUAAAGUGCAUCAUUCUGCUCCAAGUGUGUGUUUGUGUGGGUGAGAUGAGGGAUAGAGUGUGGGGAGCAUCAUGUGUGUAUAACUGCGGCGGAUUAGUCGCCUUGCUUUCUCGAGUGAGGCAUCGAGUUCAUUUAGAUUAAGGAUGAUACUGAUGCUAAGAGAGGGAAAUGGAGUGAGAUAACACCGAUAAGGAAUACAAGCGAUAAAGAAAGGAGGGGCUGUGGGAGCCAAGUGGAAUCGAGACAAAUCACCUUCAUUUUACUCCAUAACAAAUUAUGCCAAACAAUUUACCGCCUAAACCUCGAAGUGUUCACAAAUUGACAGAGAAAGCUGUUUAUAUAUCAGCCGCAAUGAGCCUUAUACUUACAUUAAUAUCAGAAGAGGCAUUUAUUCAGGCCUGUUCCGUUUUCAUUACUUUGAAGGACAAUACUGACUGAACAAACACACUUAUUGAUAGUUUAUAGUACCACCGUUCAAGUCUGCAGCAGUGAGCAGCCAGAUAGAUUAUUGUAUGGAUCAGUAAAAAAUCACAAACUUGACUAGAUUUAAAAGAUGCUCGCCAUCGAUUUCAUCAACAAAUACAAAGACAAUGGAUUAUCCUCUAGUGUCAGCACUCAAGUUUAAGUAUCACAACUCCUAGAUUCAAAACUGACUGGUGUAAAAGUCCAGUUUUAGUGACAAGAUGUACUAAAGUAGGGUGACCAUAUUCUCACUUCACAAAAUGUAGACAUGACUACGCAGGGGCGGAGUCACAGAGUCGCAUGAAGAUAAUUUUGAGAGUUUUUCAGGUCGGAUUGAGUGUCUUUUAUGCGCUUCUAACUCAGUAAGUCAACAUGACACAAACUCAAAACUUACGAACAAAACCCCAGACAUUUGAAGGAUUAUAUGAACUUCCCCGGACAGCCAGGACGGCCUUCCAUAAAGAGGACAUGUCUAGGUAAAAGAAGACGUAUGGUCAUCUUAAGUGUAAAAGUGUAAAACCGAUCAAACACUGUUGCUGCCAGUCUUGCAUAACUUUGUCUCUCGGUCAUUGUAGUUGAAUUAUUGAAGUGUUAACACUGUUUCAGUUCUGUAAAACUUGAAUCCAGGACUAAGACUUGAUUUUUAGGAUCACUAAAGACUGUAUUACUAUUAUAUUUUGGGGAUCAUUUUAAAAUAGGGUCAGGGAGCCUAAGUCUUAACCUGCAAAAGCACACUGUUCGGUUCGGCGAACAGCAAAAGAAAGAUCAGUGUGACAUGUUAAAUAUGUAAGAGAGCCAUCAUGAGGAGACAGAGACCAGCUCAAACUUUGACGGAUGAUCCCGCUGCAGCACAAAGGACGAGUGCAUCGCAACAUCAAGAGAGGCCCAGUGCUGUCCUCCUUAUAAACUCUCCAGUCGUGGGGAUUUGACCAGAACUAAACUGAGGUUCUUCUCUGGUAACUUUGUCUUAACUUUAGUUGGACCACUGGGGACUUAAUCUUGGACUUGAACCCUGGGGACUCAACACAUGGCUUGGACUCAAAGUCAGAACAAGCUCAUGAGAGUUUUGCUGUAGCGAUUGCAGCUGUAUGGUGUAAGGUGGUCUUGAGGAAGUCCUCCUAUCGUGGCAUUACAAUAAUCAUCCAUGUUUAAUAUGAUCAUGUCGGCAUUUGUAUGCAUAUCAGAUUGUUAAAUGACGCAAACAUGACCAACAACCAAUCAGUGCAGUCUUUCCAGCCCCUAUAGGAAGCAAAACAAACACAAUGGGGAAGCAAACAAAUGUAGGAUUAGAUUAUUGGCUGAUACCCCGCUCACUGGAGAUUUCAACGGCUGCACAAAUCGUUUUUUUUGAGCAACAUGUAAACGCACUAGGUGAUCCUGUAAGAUCUUCCGGCUUUGCAAAAUCUUUGUCUGUGACUUGUUGGCGCUCAGUUUUUAGAUGUGAGUAGUUUCAAUUUUGGUUUAACUACCAAACUAACCUUGUAGUUUAGCAAGAUGCAUCACAAGUUAUUUUGAAACUACAUUUCUAAGCAGAAUACUCAUAUAUAAUAUUAUUUUACUGCUGUAUUCUUAGUUUUCAUAGUCAGUGUGGCACAGGUUGCAUCUUAUCCCUCAGUAAAUGGUAAAAUGCAUGUUUUAAGGUCGAUAGUAAUGGCACAGAUGGACAAUUUUCCAAGAAUACAUCAGACUGAGGCGCCCAUUUGAGCACACCCAUUACCGGUUAUAGUCUCCUUGGUGGAUUUGGUGGUAAUAAUAAAAACGACAACCAUACAUGCCAGUAGUAUUGCGAGUCUAAAAAUACACUGUAAGGAUUUAGCGCCACUUUUCAGAUGUUGUUAAAGCACCUCUUCUAUUUGUUUCCUCAUGAAUCAAUUUCUUUUCUUUUCUUUGGACGUAAAUGCCACACAAGGUUGAAGAGAUUCAGUGUAUCCAUAUUUUGGUAAACCUCUUCUUUCCUUUUCUCAAAGUGUUUAUAAGUUCCAGGCUGACGGUGACGAAGCCGUGAAGAGGAGCUCAGGGGAUUACUGCACGUAAACAGAGGCUGCCCGCAUCUAAAUCUCAACAUACAAUAGAGCUGUGAGAUAGAGGGCGGAGGAGACAGUGUAGGGAUCACCUCGACUCUUUCACAAUUCAUCUGGUCUGGUUGGAGUUACCUCAUACAGAUUACAGAGGGAAUUAUAGGGGAGGAGCUUGGUGAGUGUUGAUCAUAUAUAUAUUAAAAAUGUAAAGAUUUUCUUUGUGUGUGUGUGUGAAAAGAAAUUGGGAAUAUCUCUGAAUGUGGCAAAAAGAAGUCAAGUUAGUAACAUGCCUUUUUUCCCCUCUUUCUAUCUUUCUUCUUCCUGCUGUUUAUUGUGUUACACAGCCUCAUUUCCUCAUUUCUUUUCACUGUGCUUCUUAAAAUCCCAUCAGUCAGCGAUGCAGACUUAGUAAAUGUUCUCUUCAAGGUUUCUCCUGAAUGUUAAAGGUGUUGAUCUCGGCUACUUUGUAAUUCUGCUCCGUUUCUUUUGACUUAUUCAGUGCGGGUUUGUACGUUCAUAUACUACUUUGCUAGGUGAGAAACUGCAUCCAGAGACGCUUAAAGUCUGUAUUUGUUUAUUGCUCCUCACAAAUCUGGUCCCUGAUGGACUCAAUUAAGCAGGUUUAUCAUGUUGUCUUGGGUCUGAUAACAGCGUUUGUUUGUCAAACAGCUGCUUGCCCCCUGAACUCCAGCCCUCAUUAGGACUCAGAGAUGUUGCAAGAGCAUCAUAAGACAGUUUCUGACUUGUUUUUUACAAGGAAAACACCCGAGAUUUUAAAGAGUACAUCACUUUUUAGUCCUGGUUCUCAUAUUAUUAUAACAGAGUAAAUAUCCAUCAUUGAAUCAGUGAGCUGUCGGGAACAUUUUGACAUUUAUCGAGUCAUUUUUUAAAGUCUGUUGAUGACACAAACUGUACUCUUUGGCACCAACAUAGCUUUCAGUUAAAUGUCACAGUGUUAAGAGCUGUUUUCUGUGUCCUCCAGAAGCUGAAUCAGUGUGUUCGACAUGUCAUGCUUCCCUGCAAGUGCUGACAGGUGGAUUUGCUGCGCUGGCCCCGCUCCCCGCCUGCUUGUUUACACCAAAUCUCAGGCAAUUGCCGGGAAUGUCACAGGGAGAUUUAUUACCGUGAUAAAGGGGUCAUUUUGGUCCCAGGAGAUGACUCUGACAUGCUUUGCUAAGUUUCGCGCUUUUCGGCUGCUUUAAUUUGUAGAAUUAUCCUGUCACAACUCAGGGUGUGGACUGGAGCCAUUUGGCAGGUUUUGACUGAUCUGAUUCAGGUUUUGAUUUGGAACUACUGCAAAUAGUUUCAGUGCUGGAAAAUGAUCAAAUUGCUUAUUUUACUAAAGCAGGAAUAUAUCUGGUAAUUUAGAUAAUACAGAAAAAAGGAAUAAACAAAUAAAACGGUUUUCUACUAUUCUUAGGAUUGACUGGGAUUCAGUCUGGGGUCUCAAACAAAUCGAUCAUGUAGGAUCUAUUUGUUUGGCAUCAUGAAUCUUGCAUUUAUUUGUAGCAUCAGGGGUUCAUUAGGCCCCCUAUGGCCCCCAAUGUAAAUGUGGUUUAAUUUAAUGUCACUGAAAAGAAAGCAGGUGCGAUGGCAGGUUAGAUCUUUUGGGUUAUUAAAGUUAUUAAAGGGAUAUUCCAGCAUAAAAUUGAUUACUAAAGUUGGUAUAACUAGAGAAGCAAGCGGUCGGCAACAUUCAUCUCUCGAGGGGGUGUCAAAGUCGGUGUCAUGGUGUGUUUGACCCUAAAUUAAUUUUGUGCUGGAUUAUCCCUUUAAGACAAGAUUUCCUUCUGCGUGUGACUAAAAAUCCACAUAUCUGUGUAAUAAGGCUUUUGAUGAUACUUUGACAUAUUCAUCUUGUAAUCAGGGGUUGCAUCAGUCUGGGGCUGUCCAGGGCUCAGUCGCUGCACAUACUAGCUGUGUAAUUAUGCACAAUGGAGCGCAUUGUCAACUCACUCCAGGAAGUAAGACUUUAGGUCUCCAUCCAACUCAUCAUAUUACAGGAUAACAGCGCAGGGUGCAGCUCCUCACAGCAGAGAUUAGAGACACUGACAGUUUAUCUCAAUCUCAAGCAAAUACAAGUUCAAGUUCUGCAGAGAGCUGCUAAACUUUUAGAUGUUUUUGUUCUUGAACUUCAUUACAGAAGUUUGCUUUGAGUAGAACUUCAAUUACAUUUUAAUUCUGUUCAUAUUAUAUAAAGUUAAUUCACUUUGACUUGUCAAAUACUGUCUGGAAGUCUUCUCAGGUGCAGUGGGGUUAUUGUUUGAACAGGAGAGAUUAAGGAGAUUCUCCAGUCUAUCUAUGGUGUGUCAAAAAGGUCAAAUUAGGUUAAAAGAUGAUAAGGUCCUUUUUUAUUCUGUAACACAUCAAAUUAAGAUUUAAUCUUGACAGUAAUCCUCCAAAUUUAGUUUAAAAUUAUUUUAAUCAAGACAGAGAUCUCAGUUGGACAAACGUAAUUAAAGAGAGCUCACACCAUCGACAUUACUUUGAUUUUAUUUUACUUUUUAACUUUAAAUUAAUCCACUUUGGCCUCCUGUAGGAAAUUGUAAUAUUUGAAAAUUUCACUGAACAGAAAAAAAAGGGUACAUACAGUGUAGGAUGGUGAAGGCUGAAUCUAAUCAAAGGUGCUCUGUAGGGGUGUUGUUGCCUCACAGCAGGAACGGUUCACAGAUCCUGCUCGCCGCAUGAAACAUCAACCCGCCAGUGCAAAACACUUCCCACACACAUGCACCUGUACAAUACAUAAAAGCCCAUACACAUGCACUCGCACAAUACAGGUACAUCUUUAAAGUUACACAAUAGUUUUUUUUCAUUGUUUCCCGCCCACAUCACCUCUGAAUGGGAAAUGUGAAUGUCUUACAAAAACAUGCGAAUAAUUGGCGCAUGGAAAAGAGCUCUGAGUGUCACAGGAGCGGUGACACAGGUGGGUCACAGUCCAUUCGCACACACUGUGCCAGGGUUAGUAACAAACAUUUAGGGCGGAACAGUCACAUAACACAGCUGUGGAAAUCUGAAUCACAGUUUUUCAUGUUCCUAAGCCUCUACACCAUCAACAGCUGUGGCCCGAGGCGUAACGCUCUAAAACGAUCCCUCCAUUUGUCUUCCUCAUUUCUGUGGAUGCUACACGGAUAGAACAGCUACAGGAAAUGACUUUCACUUUGGCAUGGCUGUCCACUUUAAGGUCAAAGAUGAAAGAUUGGUACGGGUAUACUUUAAUGAUACUCAUUCUGCAUUAACACCAUUAAAAUCUUCUAAUUUCAGGUCAAAAUAUCUCAUUACAUUUAAUAUAAGUCACACUGACCUGAUAAGUCCUGAUAAUGAUCCUAGUUUAUGACACCAAGAGCCAAAACGAAGAACUUCAUUGAGUUUAAUGAGGGAAAAUGGCUGCCAAUUUGAGUAGCACAUCUUGUUCUAGGACACUAAAGAAACAUAUGCUUGCUGUAAAGGCCGUCGUUCGUACUUGUUACAGCUGAUUAGUCCCUCACUCUUUGGCUUGUUAUAUCUUAAAAUGUGAUUCAUAUCUGGACUUGUCAGGUGAAUGGGAUUUAUAUCAAGUUUAAUGAGAUAGUUUGACUUUUACUGAGAUGAAUGCACUUGCAGCAAACUCAUUUAUUUAACUCCUGUAUAGGUGUUCACUCAUAAGCUACGAGGGUGCGUGACCUCCAGGGCCCCCCGCACACACACACCUGCAGCUACCUUCUGUUUGGUAUGCGUUGACUGUAAUUAACAGUCUUAAGCCGAAAACAUACAGGAUCCAUACUGAGCACAUUCUGUAUUUGCUCCGUACAGCAGCAUUGGAUCAUACAAGAUGUGUAUUUGGAGUGUAGCAGCAGAGUAGUGCAGCCCCAGUCAGCUGGGCUCAGUGUAGAGGAAACAACAAGCUCACAACAGUUUGUUUUUCCUUUCUUUGGUCUAUUUCCUGCUAAUUUAGAUAUAAUUCAGUGUUUGUUGAGCUUCUACAAUAUGUGAAAUUGAAGGAAUGUGAUUUUACAAUUUCUUUUUUUUUUCAGGUUUACUCAUCUUUAUUAAAGUAAACUAUGUUCCUUUAUGCUGUGCUGUUACCCUCAGACAGAGUUAGCAGUUCAAAGUCCUGUUGGGGUCCACAGUGUUUCAUUUUGGUGUUUCAUUUUGAAAUACCAUGCGCGGUUUUUGUGCUCGACUUCCUGUCUAGAACGAUCUCCUCUGUGUGGAUUGACGCGCAUUGGAAGCCUAGAGCAGCAAAAAUAGACUUGUUGCGUAUCUUUAGCUGUGCUGCUCUCGAUACAAUGCUGCGACGGAGCUGAUAUGCGUCCCGUAUGCUUAGCUACAUUGAUUAGAAUGGCAGCCUAUUUGCUGCGUGAUACGCAACGCUGCCACGCUCCAAAUAAGCAUCCUGUAUGUUUUAGCCUUCAACCAGACAGAAUUUUUGAUUGUUUUAGGCAUUUAAUUUUUUCUUUGCAGUUCAAUCUUCACAGCAGGUGAAUGCUUUUUUAUAACAUAGCAUGCAGAAACCAACCAAUUUUGAAAAACGCGGCUAAUGAGAUGUGAUAAAACCUGCAGUUCCUCAAGUAUCCACUUGAGGCUGACUGCAAAAGCCAAGAAGAGCAAGUUCAGGUUGAACGUCUAUCUUAACUGCAGAAACAAUAUAUAUUUUUGACAGUUCUACUUGUUAUAGGACUAAAUUAUUUAAAAAUUUAAAACCCAAAUUAGUCUUUUUCUACCCUGAAAGGUCAAAGGUCACUUUCAUCUUGAUAUAACAUUUCAGUUGAAAAGCCAUUAAAAAUAUCCAAUUAUUGUGACGCAUUAUCUCAGCAGCUCAAAGAGGAAAUAUCUUCAAAUUCGGGGCAAACAAAGUCAGAGUUUGUCUGUCGGAGGUCAGGUUCACCGUGACCUCACUGUUAUUAUGUAAAACAAGAAUCCAGAUGUCUAGACAGGAGAUUGUCUCGUGGUUGAUUAUGGUCCAUCUAUGAGAACUGUUCCAUCCACCAUAGAUUAGGGGACAAUUUCCUCUCACUCCAUCCCUCCUGUACCUGUUAGUUCUGCUGUUUGUUCUGAAACACAAGCUCUAUAGAAGCAGACAGAGACAGAGAGCAUCUCUGGUGACUUUGGUUCUGUAAAUAUUGCGGUUCAGCCUUUCUUUUUUUUAGCAUUGGUCCCCAUAUGUUGUUAAGUUUUGAGGCUAAUGUAUUCUUGUUAAUAUUCAUAAUACGAACACAUCUCCAUUCAGUACGAAACAUCUAACUGCUCUGGGAAUACAGGCACAAGGCUCCACUCUCAAUUAGGCUUAACUCUUCCAUAACAUCCCACAGAUGCUCGCAUUCUGUGCGAAAAAGAAUCCGUUCAAUCACUGUAACACAUACUAUGUUUAAAAAAAAGUGUGUGAAAGGGAUGCAUACCUUUCCCAUAUGGACUGUAGGCUGUAAAUUCUGCAUAUUUUCCUCCUCGCAGUAAAAAAAAUCUCUGGAAACAGGGGAAAGGAGAGACAGAUGAUGAAUAAUCCAACACUUCUCCCAUGUGAUACUAUUAAUAUUCCUCUUUUCACUGUAACAGCACUUGUUUUCCUUUUAAUCUCACAGCUGUGGCAGUCGGCCAGUUGAACUCCAUCUUGAGUAGAGCGACAGUUAAAGAUGUGACUAUAUCUUGUGAUGCCAAUUUUUCCCUCAAACACGUUUCUUUCUCCAUUUGAGUGUCAGUUUUUUAAAGCGUGUUGCUGCAGACACCUCUGAGUCGAUUAUUCAGUGAAUGAAUGUGUCCCAUUGACUGUUUGAACACCUCUAAAACACACAGUGACAGUUUUUUUUUAGAUAAUUUUGCUCUCUGAGAUGUGGAAAAGGUAAUAUGUAGAGGUCUGGGUGAGACUUGGACUCGACACAUUUUCCAAACACAAGUCAGCAGAGAAAUGCCAGCAGGCAGCGAACGGUUCGCAGAGCAGUGUAUGUCACAUCCCCUAAUAAAUCCAACAGAGCUGACAACUAAAUCCCACAGACAGGACUGACCAAAUUAGGCCACAACUUUCAUGGUAAUUUUGUGGUCGGGGAGUGAAGAGUGUAUAUGCAGUGUGUGUAUCCCUUCACUGGCACAUCCUGGAAAAGGUUUAAUUGGAGUGAAAAAUCGAAUGAUCUCUAAUCCCUGUGUGGAGGCCAGCUCAGCAGCUGGUGAGCAAACAAAGAUUGUGACAAUUUUCAGCUUAUCUUUGACUUUUCAAAAACAGUCUGUCAAACGAAAAUCUAUCACAAAACUGGGUCAAGUUCCUGUGUGUUGAUUCAUUUCUAUUUGAGCGAUUUCCAGUGGUCUACACUUCAUGUUGUACUAAUAUUUAUGCAGGGACGGUCAUCAUUUUGGAUAGUUUCUCCACUUCCUGCACGUAUUAACUCAAUUUAAACUUCCUAGUUGUUGAGAAAGUGUUUGGAAUCAAGAAUCUGCUCUGAUUUAGAAAAUUAUAGUCACAUCCAUCUGAGUGUUUCAAGCAAGGCAUGAAACACUCAGUCAGAAGGUGCAUUAUCAUUAACAUGUCUGCAGCAACAGGCUUUUAGGGACUUUGUCAUCUUGGAAACGAUAAAUUUGCAUGUGGUUAACUCUGCAAAAUGGAAGAAUACAGACUUUAAAACUAUUAUUAUGAAAAAGAUGAUAGUUUGAGUUGGAUUAUAGUGUUUUAUCAAACAGAAGUUACCUAUCAAGACGUGCAGCUGAGCAUGCACAGGGGCACAAUCUCAGGGGCUUAUCACCACACAGAUGAGCAAGUAUGUUACGUCUGGAAUCUUAAACAAUGAUUUAGUGAUAAAGCGUUGAAACAUGCUUCCCUUUUUCCUGCUAAGGUUAUAUAAAGUGAUUCUACGCUGGGAGCUUGAUCUUACAGGGGAUAUUUCUCCUGAAAUCUCAAAUAAAUGUUUAGUAAUAAGAUACCAAGACAUGUUUCCCAUACUUUAGGAAUGCAAACUGAUUAGCAGUGGCGUUAUAAGAGGCGAUUCUGUCAUGGGAGCAUAAUUUUGAAAGUGGAUAAGGCCUCUGCGAUUCAUGCAACAGCAGCUUGAUCUAUCAAACAGAGCUAAAUUUGCCUCAAACCUUACAUUAGGUGGAAUAUGGUGUACCGUACCGUACCGUAUGGUGUAUCUAGACUUGUAAAAUCAGCAUCCUCUCAUCCAUGGUGUCAUCGGGGUGAAAUGCUAUCUAUAAACCUUUCACUUGUUCGUCCCCGCCCGUUUGCAUGGUGUGAAAUGCGAUCCACCUGAAACACGGAGUGUUUUAUUUUGAAAAGAAGCCGGAUGUUUUAUUUUGUGUCUGUGCCCAACGUCCUUCCAGUACAUUAAUGUACGAUCGGCGGAUACGGCCUUUUCGUAGCCGUUCCAGAUGCGGUGGAAAUUGGGGGUAAUGAAUUUUACCAUUAGACGACAUCUUAAUCGUCUUCUACAGGAAAGGAGAAGAAAGUAUACAAUCAUGAGAGCCACUGCAACACCGACUCUGGAGAUGUGUUGCAAAACUCUUGAAAAGAUGAGCUGUCAAUAGUGAGGUAUGUACAAUAUUGUUCAAUUUCCCGUUCGUGGACAAUCUCCAUUUCCUGUCUUUGAUAUAAAGGUCAGAACCUUUCAAAAUAAAGCUUUCACACUGGGCAUGAACCAGAUAAUGGUUCAGUUUGGUCCGAACCGAGACCACCUUCUGGUCGGACGUAGGUCUUGGGGAGAUUUUACACCUUUAAUUUUGGUUUGGAUUAAACAGAAAUGUCCGGACCAAACGACGUAGGUGUGAAACCCCCCUAAAUCAACUGACUCCCUCCUGUUAUGAUAGGCCUCCCCAUUAGAUUAGCCAAUCAGGGCCCUGCAGCCUCUUCUCCAUGCACCUAAUCACACCUAAUGGCGCUCUCAUCAUCUUAUCAUCAAGUUUAGCCUUAAUAAUUAGCAUGAAUGGUAGAGAGCUUGUUGCAGACAAACAUCAAAACUGACUCAUACACCACAGUAAAUUAGGUUUGUUUGCCAUUCUGAGUUCACUGAAGGGCAAACAGAAAGCUCCCUCUUAGAUUUGCUUCAUUUUAAUCCUGAUGGUUGCCUAGCAGAUCUGAAGUGAACUGCUGCUGUAUAUCUUACGGGAAACUGGGACAUCCUCUGGAAGUUUUUGUUAGGACAGAUUUCCUGUUGAAUCAGUGUUAUUCGGUCACGCUGAGUUACAUCUGAUUUUGUAGUAACAGCUGACUUUGUUUUCAAGAAGUGGUGCCAUGAAAGCACCUCAAUAUGACCAGAAACAGACUUUCAUGCAGUUAUAAGCAUGAUAGAGUUCACUGGCUGACUCAUGACUCAUCCCCGCAGUUUUUGGAGAAGUCAAAUCGCUGCAGUUGAUGGAUCCUUUGCACAAUGAUGGAUAAGUGCGCUAUCUCCAUCUUCAUUUCUGCAGAGGAGUCUCAGAGCGUGUUGCGGCGUGAUGCUCCAUCUCCCCUGACCUCUCCUUUACCCCAUUAUCAGAUGGAGGGGCUCUCAUCCAGCACUGUCAUGCUCAGUAUAACAUCUACAGCCCUAAGGUAUGAGUAUGGCGUGCUUUAACUUGGAACAUUAAGUCAAAGCAUGUAAAGAAAAAAAAAACACACAUAACUACGAGCUGCAUUGUAGCUUUAGUGAUGAUGCAUUUCUCUAUGUGACGGAUAUGUCUGAAACAAAGCCGCACGAGUGACCCUCACUUCAGUGCUGAUAAAGACAAACAGGCUUCACCAACGGCCUGCAGAGUGGAAUAAGAUGGGUGAUGCAGGAGGCUUGUGUGUCUGUGUGUGUGUACUUCAUGAUAGAUUGUUGCUCCGGGGGCAUUUUCUGAACCGGACAGUCAUUGUGUUUCCCAAGAGGUUUGUUUUUAAUCCCUGUUGCCCGCAUUCACGCACACACACUCCUCUUUUGUAAUUUUAUUUGUUAGACAGUGCAAUCGAAUGAAAGGUAAGUACUCUCGAACAAACAACGGUGAGUGUUAGCAGCCAUUGUGUUGAGCCAUCCAGCAUGCACUUGAACACUCGGAGCAGCUUUUAUGUUUUUGAAGCAUUCAGGAAAUGCUUUUUUUUUAAAAAUAUUGAUUUCCUGUGCAUUUCUCAUGUAAAUGAACAGGUUUGUUGUUUCCGUCCGCUCAAUCAAAAGGGUUAUGACCUUUUGGUGCUGAAGUUGAAUUGCAUCUGUUCAAAUCCAAGGUGAAAUAUUAACAAUACGGCGUAUCUCAUGAGUAUUAUGUUAUUUUUCUGCAUUUUUCAAACAUCCUGAAGCAGAGAGAGAAUAUUUUGGCUUGUCUCAGGGGGAAGAACACCAAAUAAAACAGGCCCACACACCUUGAGAGCUCUCUCCGUCUCUGACUCUCUGCGGUAGUCCCAGCUCUUAAAUCAGACGUGCAACAGAAGCGAUAAAAGCUGGAGGUUACUUCCUGGAACUGAGAGGUAGUGUUACUAAACAACACAUGUUCCAGCAGACCCCUGAUUCGGUCCGGGUUCCUCUGCUGGCUGCAGCUUUCGCAGCGUAUCACAACAUCAGAGUUUACAAGCCUAAUUAGCAUCACACCUUCGAGCCCGUUAGUUCCACUCCAGCUCCGACCAAAUGGCUGAUGUGAUUCCUCUUCACCCUGCAUCGAAGGCAUCUGAGCAGACACAUUGGAUGUGACAAAUCUGCAUAAAUAAAGCAUGAGAGAGUUACAAAUGAGUGUCCUCAGGGUGAGUCUUCCAACUCCUCCACAUCCUUUUAUUUUGGAGCACUUCAAGUACUGGAUGCUCAUUUAAGGACAUUUUGUGUCCAGCUUUGAGGGUAUUUUGGUGAAACCAUCUCAGACAUCUCAAUCCACGUUGACCAAUCCCAUAUCACCGCCUCUUCACUCGUCCGCAACCUUGGAAUCAAUCUCACUUUUGACCACCAUAUCACCCAAAGCUCCGCCUUCCUUCACCUGAAAAACACUGCAAGACUCCUCCCCUUUCUCUCCUCAUCUGCUGCCGAAACCUUAAUACACGCUUUCAUCACCACCAGCCUGGACUACUGCAAUAGCCUCUUCUACGGUCUCCUCUCCACCACCCUCAGCAAACUGCAACACAUUCAGAACUCCGCCGCCAGACUUCUCACCCGCACCCGCCCAUUCGACCACAUCACCCCGCUCAGCUGACGCAAACCUCCUCUCACCCCCAGCCAAAACCAAGCACCGUACCCUGGGGGACCGGGCCUCAGCCUCCCUGAACACAUCCGAUUCGAUUUUAUCUUAUUUUUAGCUUGUUACUAUUAAUCCUUGCCUCAUUGUAUUUUUGUUGUUUUUUUAACUUUCUGUAAAGUGUCUUUGAGCUCCUGUAAAAAGAGCUAUACAAAUAAAAUGUAUUAUUAUUGUUAUUAUUAUUAUUUUAUGUCUACUAAUAUGCAAAUACAACAUGAACUGGAGCAGAAAACUGCCAAACAUGUGAUGUGAGACUGAUUUUAAUUAGUAGAAUCUUAACAAGAGGAGAAGAAAGGUGUUGAUGUCAAAGGUUUGAGAUUGAGGAAUUCAAGAUGACAUUAAUUAUUAUUAUUUGAGGACUCAGAGUGAGCUGUUGAGUUAAAAUAUAAAUGAGAGAAAUUCAAAACAUCCUUUUACUGCUCUUGCCCUUCCUCUGUGAAAGCCACUGAAGGUUUUGUUUACAGUUAAAAACAGUCUUAUGAUAUCCUCUUACUUUGCAUUGACGGUUCUUGUUUAAAGCUACUCUAAAGAAGUUUUAUAGGGGGCGAGGUGGUAGGUGCCAGCUAAAACUGCCUUGUUUUUUUUUUCUUUCUACAAUUUCCAUGUAAAACAGUCACAAUAAAGGAUAAUUUCAACUGUCAUAAGCCAGCAGGAUUCAUGCUUUGUCAGAGGACACUACCAAAGCAGGUAGAAUGAGAUAAAAAAAACUGUAUUGUCCAUAGGGGGCGCCAAAAUUGACACGUAAAAAGUUCCCCACAGGAGCUUUAAGUAUAGGCUCACUGUUCACACUCCGCUCCUGCACCACCAGCUGGAUGCUCUUAUCAUAGAGAGUCUCUUUCCCUUUGGUCUUUUUAUUCCUCUCUUGUCCACAGUAAAAGGCGAGUCAUCACGACUGUCAGAAUCACACAUUUUGUAGUUUGUUAUUUUGUUAUUUUAAAAACCUCUUGACCAGCUGAUCGGUGCACUGCAAUUGGAGCACCAGAAAUGUGUCAAGUCUGCAGUAAGUGCAAAAACAAACCGGCUUUCUGGAGGCAGAGUGAAGCGCUGAAAAGUUUCAAAUAACGCAAACACCUGUUCCAGUAUAAAUGUUAAGGUCAGGCUUUUGUUAAAUCAGCUAAAUCACACGGUGGAGUUGACCCGUCUGCAGCAGAUGGUAGUCUGCGUCUGCUGGUUCUCUAGCUGGUUUCCCAAGGGGCAGAGCUUAUUGAGAUCCUGUGUGGGUAAUACUCUUGACAAGUACCUCAUGAAAUCCUGUAAAGAAAAAACAUACUAUUAACCAUGUCCCAAAGGCCAUCCAAGCCACAAGAUGUGGUUGUAAACCUUUUUAAAUUAGCCUGUAGGUGCCAUAGACUUGGCUAAGUUGUCGUACUGAAAAUGUUUAUUAUUUGGGUCUGUGAAAUUUGCUUCCUAACGCAACAUUUUAGAACUAGUUUUGUCUGUUAUAUCAAGAUGUAAGAUUGUCUUUGUCAUUGGAUUUAAUCUCUUUUCUUUAAAAAAAGAGAAAAUCACAGUAUCGUAUAGUUUUCCUUUUUUCAGGUAGAGUCCACCUUUUCACCUUUCUUGAUUCCUAGCAUGUUGUUUUCUCUCCGUAAGCCAUCCAAGUGAAUUGUGCUUUCCUCAAAGUUAAAAGGUCAGCAUGAGAGUUUUGUGAGACUGAAAGCAGCGAGCACAGUAAGUGGAAUAAGCUGUUAAACCGCAGAGACCCGGGUUGUAACUUUAGGGUUGUGCCAUCAACCGAGUUGUACAUCAGAGCUCCGCUGACCUGUGCUCUUGUACCUUUGACAUUAUCUGUAACCAAUUUGGGUCGGAUAAUCCUGCACUCCUGUUGGGAACAUAUCUCAGUUUUGCUCACAAAGGGACCUUUGUUUGAUCUGUGUUUUUAGGACUUACCCGACACCUAAAGAUAAUGUUUGAUGUUAUGAAUGUUAGCGCUUAAAAACGGGGUCAGGGGCCACAGUGCUGCCCUUUCUCUAUCCUCCUCUCCCACUCCAUCAUUCGCUCUGUCUGUGUGGCUUUCUUUCAUAAUCUCUCCUACAGUCCUGCACUGAGCCAGGUUAAUCAUUGCUCCGACUUGGUGCAAAGUUGCAGAAAGUGGAGCAGGCUGGCUGCUAUGGUGGGAAAUGAGUCACUUUAUGUGUUCGUGGGAAAGGAGAGGGGGGAGGGAGAGGGCGAGGGAAACCCUUGCAAAACUGUCACACACAGUAAGCAAAAGCAUGUGCUCACCCACAUGGAUGAGUGUCUUCUCUCCACCUGCGUAAUGCUAGGGCACCUUUUCUGGUAAGAACCCACGUACAAAGUGCAGAUGAAGAGAUUAAGACGAAGUUUGGCUGUUAUUUUUAGUUUUCGGUAGCGUUGGUUUGUUAGUUUGUUUGUUUGUUUGUCUGUGAACAACUUUACGGAGAAAGUUACAGACGGAUUGACCUGAAAUUUUCACCAGAGGUGCGUCUCAGCCCCAGGAGGAUCCCAUUACAUUUCGGUGGUGAUCCGGAUCACCUUCUGGAUCGAGGAAUUUUUUGAAGGAUUCUUUAUCAUUGUGAGAUAGGGCAAAUUUUGGAAUUUUUGCAUUUAACUCUAUAAAAAUGAAAAUAAAAAAGAGUCCUUAGUUAAAAAUGACACAAAAGGAUCUCAAUGAGUUUUAUGAGGUAUCAAAGGUUGAUCCAGAACACACAAAAAUAAGGGUGUCGUUGGAAUUUUCAAUGCUGAAAGAUAACCAAUGGUCGGCACAGUGGUAUAGACAGGCGGCACAGUGGUGUAGUGGUUAGCACUGUCACCUCACAGUAAGAAGGUCCUAGGUUCGAAUUCGGGUCAGGGCAUUUCUUGUUUUAGGAACAUUAUGAACAGUGAACAUACCAGUUUAAACACAAAUAAAAGUUAAUAAAAAAGACACGUAACAGUAAAAGUUUUGGUGUGAAUCACAAUAUAAGGGGGACAUGAGCUGCUUGGCGGAGGUCUGCGCUUUCCGAGUGCUUUACCAGUGGUUUAUGUCUUCGUUGAACAUGUGCUCUGAAUGUAUGAAUAACCCACGACAGAUCCUUGAGUUGUUGAAUCAAAGCCGGCUUCAAAUAAAGACAAACCAGAGACACGUCUACAGUUUCACACCACUAAUGUUUGUGAAAACAAUAAUAGAUUUGUGACUUCAACUUGUCCGAUAAUGUUAAGGGGAAAAGAGUCGGUGCUGUGAUCUCAGCUGAACCAGCUGUGACCUGAUGUCAGACCAGACAAGAGGAGCUUUGAUCCCUCAGGCGCCCGAGCAAUCAGUCAGUCUGUACUAAAGCUAAUGCUCGCUGCAUCCUGUGCUCAUUACACUGAACAGGCCAUUUAGAAAAUAUGGCUCUUAGCUGUUGAUAUUAUCUGAAAGCUUGCUUCAUUUACUACAGGCCGGACCUUUAGGUUGUGACUUACGGUGGCUCAGACUUGAAAAGCUUGUUGACAUAUUCUUUCAUUCAAGCAGAGGAGGAAAAGACGACUUAAGCGCUUAUAUAAUACGCAGUAUACAUCAGUCAUGCUACAUUGUGCUCUUAUCUUUUCAACAUGUAUCAUAUGGUACGAGGAAGGAAUCCCAAUAGCACAACCUCCUCCUUCCUCCUAACCCGAGAUGAGACACUAGAGACUAGAACAGAGUGGAAUUUGAAACGUUUUAGCCAAAAAUGUUUCCAUGGUCAAGGUGUUUUUUGCAGAAACGUUUCAGAUUUCGUUCCGUUCUCCGGCUUCGUCCUAAUCUCUCGGGCGGAUUCUCUCAGGACACGUGCAGGUGAGUAACCUCUGGCACACUCUGACACACUCAGACGCUGACAGAGACGAUGAAGUGGGACAGCUGCCGACUGUGACCUACUGAGUGGGUGCAGCUGUGCUGAGCCGCAGGUGUCUCACAGAUGGGACAAACAGCGUUUCCUGGAUGUUUUUGUUUCUCUGUUUGAUGUUCCGGACAGUCUAGGUUUGCAUCAGUCAGAUAACAGCGCCGUUAUUUGCUCAGAAGGCUUCAAUUGAACAUCUCUCUUUGUAAUAUCCAAAUCCACUUAAAGUUUCAAGACUUAGUCACUUUUGCUGCUUUUAAAUCUCCGUGUUACAGUGAUGUAUAUAACCCAGCCCUUUUCCUGUUUUGGUCCCUUUUGUUUCACUCAGCCAAGUUGAACCAAGGUAGCGAGUUGUGUUUGCAAUGAGCUUUGAUCGAUUGUGUGUCUCUGUGUCAUCCAGGCAGUGUGGCGAGCGUAGAUAAGCCCCCUUAUGAGGUGAAAACCCUUCCCCGUCCGGCAGUAUCCGCUCCAAGCAGGAAUAAGGGAUGUCCCGGCUGUUCUUCCUUUUGGCAAUGCUUAUUUUCUCCUGCAGCAUCCAGGUGGGUCCAGGUAGCACGCACACACACACACAUAUAAAGAGUAUGUACACACUUUCUCCCUGAAGUAGACAGCCAGCAUGCAAGUCAUUGAACUUUGUCAGUGGCCUUUAAAGUGUGGGGGUGGGUGUUGUUCCUUGAGCUCUGCUGAAAGAAGCCAGAGAGUGCUGAACUUAAACAAACUGUCCUGUUUUUUUCUUCUUCCUUUUAAUGAGUGUCACAGCAUCUGAACAGUAGCAUGAACUCCCUCUUACACACGGCACGUAAGAGUGCGAAACAGUGUCAUCUUGACGGAUAAUAUCCCCAGCUUAAGGUCAGGUUGUUUACAGCUCCUGUAUCUGAGCUGAAAAGAUAUAUAACCUUGCCAAGUCAGCUGUUACAGAACAUCUUUUCGUGUUUCUUUCAAAUCUAUGAACACGACACGGAUAAUUAUAAACAAUCAAAAUGCCUGUUAGUGUGACCUUUUGUUACAUGUCCCUCUUAUACGGUAUAAUUCACUGCUUUCUUAGGUGUCUCCAACCGCUACUCUGGUCAAGCUGAAGGAGAGUUGGACGCUGUACAUGGAGGAGUGUGAUCGCAACAACAGCCGAGACCCACCGAACACCGGUGAGCAGAGCAUCCACUGCUGAUGGGUUAUUCACAAUAGGGCUGGGCAAUAUGGCCUCAAAUCAAUAUCACUAUAUAUAGAGCAGUUCACCUCGAUAACGAUAAAUGGACGAUAACUACUCCACAAAUGAUAACUACUUCUUCUGCUUCUACAACUUUUGAACCGUCCUCCAUCUCCUCACCUGUCUUUCCCUCUUUGUUAUGGACUGGAUGGGGUGGAGUCACGUCUCUGACAUAGGAAAGCGUCUUAAAGGGACAUGAGACCAUAGCCUACCUACACUCAUCCAAAACCAACAUCUAUUUAUAGAUAAUUGUCGUAAAUUUCGGCAUCUGUGAAUUUUCGGUUUAUCAGUGCACGACAAGAGGAUGGCAGAUAAAGAAGGAUUAAUUCACUUUAUUGGACAUCUGCGGUCUGUUGCACCAGCUAUGCCAAAGUUGUGUCUUAAAUUUGAAAAGUAUAGUCCACACGGUUGUCAGGUGAAUUUUAACCAGGUGACCAUAACGUCCAUACAAACCAAAAUAUCAGUGUAGAUAUGACCUUCACACUUCCAGUAGCCAAUCAGAGAAAAGCUCUUCUUCUUAUAGAUUGACAGCUGUUAACUCCUGUUGCUCAACCAACAGCAGCAGAAACCAUGUAAAAUAUGGCGAAGCUUUACGAUCAGGUGAUAAUUAAUCCUGCAAAAUUACAACAGUAAUAUAGAUAUUAGAUAUAUUUACAAAAUAUUGCACUGCUUGAUCAUUUCAGACUAGAAUCUGAUCACUAUGUCCAUUUUUACACACUCAACCAGCAUAAGGAGAAAGAAAAAAGGAUAAAAACAUCAACAAAAUAAUUAUAUAAAGAAAAGAUGGAAAAAAAUGUAAGGUACUGACGAUGUCAAACUAACCUAGUGUGAUGGUAUCUUCAGACCUUUUCAUUGAAAGUCACAGGUUAUGUCCCGUCCAACAUGUUGUUCUCUCUACAUUCUGCAUGACUUGCUCUAAAAAGAGUAGGUCAUGCACUGAUGUGCUCGCAUGAUACGCAAGUUCCAGUUUACAGAUCUUGCAGGCAAGCAAAGAAAUUUACAACCUGACCCCAUUACACUGUUUUCCUCGUCUCUAUUUUGCAUGUGCAUGAUGUUUCACUGCUCAGUCACUUAUUUGGAUGUGUUUUGUUUGCCUGUUGCUUUUCCGGUUGCUGUUUCCCACUUAUCUUUCUUGGCAAAGAACAAGAGGUUGCAAGAUGUCUCUGUCCUUGUCAGUUCAAUUCCAGGGCAGAAUGAAAACACAUUUAGUGACUGAUCAUUAACUUUUAAAUUUGUCUGAAAAAUAAAUUUGACAACACUUUCGUAGCUCAUGUCUUUUUAUUAAUAUUCACAUUUCUACCUCAGUUUUUGUCUCUUAUUUAUUUGGUUACUGUUUAAAACUCGAUAUUUUUUGCUGUGGGUUCAUAAGAGCCUUGAAAACAUCCGUCUGCAGUUGGCAAAACUAUGAGAGUAAACCCAAUAAGUGAGCCGUCAUACUAUAAAUCUGAAACAAAGCACUAAAAGAUGCUCGACCGGCAUUUUUCACCAGACCAUGUUGGACCGCAGUUUGUACUCCCUGCUCAAACCUGAUAUAAUCCCUCGGCUUGCUGCUCCCCGGUUUCCUAUUUGCCACAACACACUCUCUGCUUUUUCUCACACUUGAAGAGAAAACUGGCUCCGGUUUGCUCCAUCGACAGAGUGUUUAACUACAUGGCAAAAGUGGCACUUGAGCUGCUGUACAGCCUGCUUGCUUGUAAAUUACAGUCAGAAAACUUUGCACUUCUCUGACUUCCUAAACAGCGCGCACACAUAGCGCACAUAAAUCAAAGCACUCUGGAGCACUCAUGCACCUUUUUCCCUGAGUGAGAGAGUAAAUUAUCAGGCAUAAAGGUAGGAGGACAGACCACGUUUUAGGACUGAACUCCUGGGCUGUGAUUUUAUGCAAAUUCUCACCCAUAUGUCAUGUCGUCUCCCCUCAGGCCUUGUGUGCAACAGGACUUUUGACAAAUACGCAUGUUGGCCUGAUGGACUUCCUAACACCACUGUCAGCGUGUCGUGUCCAUGGUACCUGCCCUGGUACCAUAAAGGUAAUAGAUGCAACAAGUGGAUGUGCUGUUUGUCUUACUAUUCUGCAGACAAAGACAGUGUGUGUGAUUAUUGGUGUGUGUUUGUGUAGUUAAGCAUGGCAUGGUGUAUCAGGAGUGUGAUGCGAAUGGCCAGUGGCUGAUGAUGAAGAAUACCAGCGAAUGUGACUCCAGCGACCCAAGUCAGGUAAGAAGUAUUGCUCUUUUCUCCCUCUAUAACCAAUACAUGCAUUCAAAGUAGAUUAAUUUAUAUUUAAUCUAAUUUUAAAAGUGCAAAUGUAACAUGAAAAUUGCUGUUUUAAUUUAUUUAAGUGUAUGAGAAAGACAUAAAUGUAUAUUAAAUGUGUUUGUGUGUCAUUUACAGCAGUAUUAUGGCCAUAUUCGGAUCAUGUACACAGUUGGUUAUUCCUUAUCUCUGGUGGCUUUGGUGUUGGCUCUCGGCAUCCUCAUAUUCUUCAGGUAAGGAUGGUUUUUAAUAAGCAAAUUUAUUUAGUUGAUCUUCACACAAAGACAAAACUCUAAUCUAAGCUAACAAAAUCAAACUUCAAACAACGCUAACGUUCAUUUCCUCACACCUUUGUUCAGUGUUAAAUUUCACUUAGCAGUAACUCUUGGAGCAUUUACUUGUUGCCUGGCAACUGCUCCUGGUCAGGAGAAAGUCCAGGGCAUUAUCUGGCCCCGUUAAAUAGCCCUUUGACACUUUGACAUUUGUGUGACUUUAUGAAAAGAACAGUUGAGUAACUCUGCUUUAGACGUUCUGGUGUUUUUGCUGCUGGUCAGAGUACUAUACCCUCUAUUUAAUCCUGGAAAAACACUUGUUUCCCUACAUUUCAAACCUUUUAUAUCAGCGGUAUAUCUUUGAGUGACCACAACUGCUUCUCGUUUGUCAGGAAACUUCAUUGCAUGAGGAACAACAUCCACAUGAACCUGUUUGCCUCCUUCAUCCUGCGAGCUCUCUCGAUCCUCAUCAAAGACGCUCUUUUGGAGGCUAACAUCACGUCACAUGACCUCGGCAGAGACCAGGAGCCGGGAUUCCCAGAGGCAUCCAUGCCUCCGGUGGAGCUGCUGGUCAACAACGAGGUCAGUCAUGUUCGAACACGGAGCUAUGAAGGGCAGUGAUUUACUAAAGCGGGGUACACACAUAAAGAUAAUCAGGCUGUUUUUGUCCCGAUUUUCCACCUCCCGUCCAAGAACGACAAUCGGAAGAUUAUCUUAUGUCUCCUAAGAUCAUCCUAUAAGAUUUUCCUGUGGUCUGAGGUGUAUUAAGAGUGAAUUUGUCCCGAUAAUUGGUUAUGAAACGGGUCGGGGCUGACAAUCGUAAAUAUUAAACUUGUUCAAUAUUUACGACCAAAAAUCUUCAUGGAUGUUGGGAAAGCCGACGACUCCCGAGUCACGAUUCCGUGGAUUGUCACGUGAAAUGGAAUGUAGCCAAUCAAGAAGCGAGCUGACUGAGGAACAAGGAACAACCUCUAGCUCGCUCAGUAGACUAUAAAGUCCGCGUUCACGCUGUCUCCAGGAUUUUUUCCAGUCUUUUCUUUUUUUAAUACAGGAUUUUUCUGUCGAAAAUACUCCCAAAACCACCAUCAAUCCUCCUCCUGUGUGUCCUCUUCCAUGUUUGCGUCUUGUGUUUCCCGGUUGUUGCUAUGUUUCUUCUUCUUCGCUUUUGUUAGAUCACGUUUUAUCACGCAAGAUUUCUGUCUUGGAGGACUAGAUUCUAGAUCUGUGGUGGAACAGAAUCAUUUUGUGUGUGGUGUGCUGUGUUGAGAUUAUCGGAGCACACCACACGGAGUACGAUCAAAACUGAUUUUUUAUCUUCAUGUGUGGGGUCUGUAACAGAUAAAAAAUCCUUAUGUGUGCACACCACUUUAGUAACUGCAUCUAAUACUCUUAUCAAUGUCUGCUGCCGUUGUCUCAACUUAUUAGUUUUAUUUGACUUAUUAGUUUUCUUAAAGCAGCAGAGUCAACCGUUUGUACGGGAGGUAUGUCUUCGACAACAAACUCUGUGAGAAAACUCUUGAGAAUACUCAGCCGAAAGCCAAGUCGAUGUUAAGAGUUCUUCUGUUUGUGUUGGAGGUCACAGAGCGAGUGCAUCUCUCUCAUGACUGUGGACCAAAACAGGAGCUUCCAUCUGCUGCAGCACUGAUCGCUCACGUCUAAAUGAUGGUUAACACGACACCCCUGUCUUGCAGACGACCAUCAGCUGCCGCAUCGCCGUGGUAAUGAUGCAGUACAGCAUUAUGGCGAACAGCUAUUGGCUGCUGGUGGAGGGCAUCUACCUCCACAACCUCCUGGUCAUCACAGUGUUUACGGAGAGGAACUACUUUAAGAUCUACCUGUGCAUCGGCUGGGGUGAGCUGUCUUUCAGGUGUUUAUUAAGUAAUGUAAAAGGCUGUUACGCUGGUGAACAUUAAGACUGUUUUGCAUUUAGACAACUCUCAUUUCUCUACAGGUGCUCCUUUAAUAUUCCUCGUGCCCUGGGUCGCAGCUAAAUACCUGUAUGAAAACCAAGAGUAAGUUUCUCCAUCUCAUUUCUCUGUUUCUUGUAAUCUAUCGGCUGUGACCAACAUUUGGGAGUGGACAGCCUUUCUUUUAGUCUUAAAACACUUCAGCCUUGAGGAGCUACAGAGCGAGUCUUGUUAAAAAGCGUGUGAGGCGUUUCUUUUAUUUGAUCGUCUCUCACUGCUUUUCUUUUUCAGGUGCUGGGAGCAAAACAUAAACAUGAACUAUUGGUGGAUAAUCCGUUCCCCGAUACUGCUGGCAGUUGUGGUAAUGUCACCUUCCUUCGUCUCACUUUGUUACCGCUCUUGUUGCUUUUCCCAGCUGAGGCCAGAGGCUUUGGGUUAUUUUAUAUUGUCCGAACAUCAAGAUCUUGUGAACGUAAUAUCUGUGGUUGCAGAGAGAGAUUGCUGUAAACUGUAAAGUGACUGUUUGAGGUUUUUUGCAUGACUUUCUUUUGUGCUUCCGCAUUUGUACACAGGCAUCAUAGAAGCUGUUUUAAUAGUUUAUGGCUGCAUUACAGUUUAAUCCACCACUUCAGCCUUUUUUCACUUUUUUCCCCCCAGAAAUUUUUUCCCCGUUCAUUCAUUUUGAAAUAUUAAACUUAACUAAUUUAUUUAUGAAGUAUAAAAGGCUGUCUGUGCUUCCGGCCCAACACGAGGGAAACAUCUCUACAGUCAAAGGUUUCAGACCAAAGAAAUUUGGAUUACUUUUACCCACCCAAACAGCAGAGCUAACUCAUAUCCAUGCUGUGGGUGUGCUCAGCUGGAGUCACUUCUGAGCUUUAUAUAAGUGCAAUUUGUCAUGGCUCUUGUGUCAGGCCACUAACACAGACAUCCCGGCAUUUUCCGUGCAUUAAUCGUACUGCUAAGUGGCCUGUAUCUCACAGGAAUUCCUGUGUUUGAGUCCUAGCAGAGACUGGGCGGCUGGUUCCCAUUUCCAUGUUUCCUUCUUUAUCCUAAUCCCAAGUUCGGGCUCGUCACAGUAGAAAACUAUAGUUAUAAACACUUACUGUGUACAUGUAUCUCUUACUGUUUCUACAGUAAUACAUAAAUGCUUUUCAAAUAUGACAAGACAGCUAAUAAUAAAUGAAUAUCGUGAAAUGGGCCACCUUUGAAAUCUGAUUGGCUAUCUUCAGAGCUAACCCAACGUCCUAUACUAUGAUGGUUUUGUGAAAACAAGCUAACUGUCUCGCCAAAAUACUUAUUGUUACCAUUUUAUGAUGGAAUAAUUCAGAUUUAUUUUUGGCAGAAUUGUGACUGAGGACAAAAAUAUUCUUUUUGAUUUUUUUAAAAGCUUUAGAUUUUAAUUUAUAAAACUGAUAUAUGACCGGUCUGUAUUUUUAUUCUUUAAAGUUGACAUUUUUGACCGAAAUAUUAUGUCCGUAUUGAACUUUGUUGGUAGUACAGUCGGUAUGAUCAGACAGGAAAAGAAGGAUAAAUUACUAUCAUAAUGUGUGUACUAAAUACCCCCCCUUGCCUUGGCCACCCCAGUCUAAAUAGUCUAGGCACACCCCUGCUGUACUUCUAUAAUUUAUUCAUAUUUUACUGAGAUAACAAAGCUUGAUUUCUCAUGAUAACAAGAUAUUUUUCUGGUGAGCAAAAGGCCACCGUGCCGGACCACGCCAUGUUUCUUUUGCCUACACUCUAAUAAGGAAAGAUUAGCCAAUGUCUGUGUUUGUUUUGUGCUUUUUCAACUCUGGGAACACAAACUAUGACCAUCUGAUGAUAAGUCAAUACUGGAGAAAACAAGUGAAAUGAAGAAAUUAUCACUAGAAACAGAGAAACUAAAUUUAUAGAUGUCCAUCUGCUUAGAGCUUCUAUAUUGUUGGUGUUUAUCUUUACAGCUUAUAUUUUGUAUAAGCAAAUUAUUUUGGCUUGACUGACCUUUGUCAACUCCACUGUCUCUGUCUUCCACAGAUUAACUUUCUGAUCUUUAUCCAUAUCAUCAAAAUUCUCGUGUCCAAGCUUCGAGCUCAUCAAAUGAGAUACACAGAUUACAAAUUUAGGUGAGAUCAAACCCUGAAACAGAUUUUCUUUUCACAUUAUUCUUUCUCCUCUCCAUUUACUCAGCGUUGUCUCUCUCUUUGCCUCCUAUCUUGUGAUCGUAGGUUGGCUAAGUCGACUCUGACCCUGAUCCCUCUGCUGGGUAUCCAUCAGGUGGUCUUCAUCUUCGUCACAGACGAGUCCACCAAGGCGACCAUCGGUCUGCGUCUCACCAAACUCUUCAUCGACCUCUUCUUCUCCUCUUUCCAGGUUGGACUUUGUGAAAAGGUCUUGAAGAAUUAAUGAACGUGUCAGGAAGAUUUACAUUAACGUUACAAAGCUGUUUGUGCUGCUAAUCUGCUGUUUCACACUGUGACAACGAUGGUGACCUUUUAGCUACUGGAACAUGGAUAGCGUGUGUUUUGAUUACUACUAAACAACAGGGGACUCGCUUGAUGAAGAGAGUAAGGGACGGAGGAGGAAAUCAUUAGACCCCCAGAGAGAGAGAGAGAGAGAGAGAGAGAACAGUCAUGCAGACAUAAAAGUAUCAUGUAUAGAAUAAUAUACGGAAGAAACUUAGGCCCGGACUACACGUAUAUAGAUAUUUAUUUAUCAGGAUAUUUUUGUACUCCCGUCUAAAUGAAUGUAUCUGUCCGCACGUGUUAGUUCUCAAAAAUAUCUGUGUCCACAUGUAGCCGUCAAACUCAACCCUAUCUGGUGCCGCUUAAAAAAAAUUCAGGAACAAAGCUACCUGAUUGGCCGAUGAAUGAAGCUGUACAUGAUGCCUGUUUACUUAAAACAGAAACGCUGCCAUGCACAGGAUGCGUCUUUCUGUUGCUAUGGCGAUAAAUGUUUCCAUUUUCCGAUGGAGUGGGAAGGGCGUCCUUUACCCGCAUGUCUUGUUUAUACCCUCCGAUUUCAUUUGAGGUGCACUCCACAGCUGCAAGUGAAACUUCAUUACAAGUGACACUCGGUAUCGAAUGGCAAGUGUGCAGGGGUCGGUUUGGGAUUGGUCCAUAGUCUGAGUUAAGAGCUGAUUCAUUGCUGGUUUCCUCUGCAGGGUCUCUUGGUGGCCAUCUUGUACUGCUUUGUCAACAAAGAAGUGAGUCUCCAUGUUUACACCACAAACACUCAUUUUUCAGCCUCUGCCUUCCCCCCUGUCAUCAUACUCGUAACAUCUACCUUUUCCCCUCAGGUGCAGUCUGAGAUCCUGAAGACGUGGAAGCGCUGGAAGCUGGGGAGGAACAUCGAAGAGGAAUACCGCCACACCUACAGCAAUACCCCCAACACAAAGACAGGAAGCCUGCUGAACCACGUCUCUCGGCUGCCUCAUCUCCCAGACAUUGCCAAGAACACUACGCCGGUCUGCAGCCCGGAGGAGACGCUCAUGCUCGUGGCUGGAUGCCACAACGGUAUGAUAGACAGCAAAGGGGAGGGCAAGUGUGGGAGUGAGGGGACCAUCAGUAACAGCACUCUAACGGAGGAGAUCGGCCUCACAGACAAGGUGCAGAACUAUGAGGCUCCAAAAGACAAGGAGAGCGAUCUGUGAAAUGUGCUGGGAAUUACAACUUGACGAAAGAAGUCGGAGGGCCCUGAGCUCUCGUCUGGCUCUGUGUGGCUGUGAGGAGAUGGGCUGAUAGAGUCAUCUGUCAGAGCGGCCUUUGCCUCAGAUCAGUGCCACUGGGAGACACUCAGCCCCCUUCCACAGCCUGAACAUGGAGAGAGAUGUGGCAGACACCCACGCUGAGGUGUCUAAUGUGCUGUGAGCCUUGUGAAUGGAUAUCUGUAGAUGUUUGUCAGACGGUGAAAAAGAGCCUGCUGCACACUGGGCAGUGCAACAGCAGCAACUUGAGGCAGAGAGGAUGUGUACAAUACUAAGAAAACCUUCAACCUCAAAAAGCAACAGAAACAAAAAAAAGACACAGGGUCCUUGCUUGAGCCUCUACUUUAAUUUGUGUCGUGUAUCGAAUCUGUGUUUUGUGGUACUGGAGGUUCAAAGCAGAUUGGACAUUAAACUUCAUACAAAAGCAAGUAAAACAAAAAACACACAAGGGGACAGAGGAUUUUUUUUGCUGCCGUGCUCUGAUAUCUGUCCAUUUUUGUCAGAUUUUUUUUGAAAAUGUGCAGAAAACAAAGAAAUAUCUGUUACUUUAUACAGUAAGGUGACCACAGUGUUGUUCAGGGUUUAAUGGUAACCGGCAGCUGCUCACAUUCAGACAUUUCUGGCUUACAAACAGCCUUUAAAAAAGGUCAACAGAUGGUUUAGGAUGAAUUAUGAUUAGACGAAAAUGAUCAGCACUUGACUCACUCGCAGGGGGUCUUUAAAAAUAUAGAUAUAUCAUCUUUAGAUGUGUCUAAACCUUGGGUACUGCUUUUGGCUAAGGUUUAAUGUGCCAAGUUGGUAUUCAAGGGAUGAGAUGCAUUUAAAUGUGUGCCAUUAAAUGUGUUUCUCCAUCAUCCGCCAUUGAAAUGCUGUCUGACUCAGAGGCCUGGGCAUAAUUUAUGAACCUCCAGACAGCAGCAGCCUCAUCCAGUAGAGCUGAAAGGGGGAACCUUGCACUGAUAUCGAGAAUAAAAAUACAUGUAGAAGGCAAACAUUCAUAAUGUAUGAAGCCAACCCUGUGACUUGAAAAUAACAUCUGCAGAAUAAAGGUGUUGCAGAGAUGUUAACUACAGGUAGUCGUGCAGACGGACAGACAGAUUUAUUGAGCUUGAUGCAAAAGUUCUGCAGAGUUUAUAAAACAUGGAUGAGACAACAGCUCCCCCAAAGUGAAGCCAAAACUUUUAGAGCUCCCCCUGGUGACUUGCAGCAUUUAAGGUCACGAUCUUUUCUCUUGUAUUGUAGUAGAUGGAAAAUUAGUCAAACUGUUAAAUUUGAAUAUCAGUAUUUCUUCUUUUUAAAUCGUAGUAGUUAGUGGAUCAGAUAGUUCGGGUCAAAGUGAAUAUAUUUACAUAAAGAUAUAUAUUUGUGAGACUAGAGUUAUAAUAUUACAAUAGAUAAGUUGUAAUUUGUAAAAAGUUGUAGGGGAUCAAAGCCAAAAAUUUACAAGAAAAGAGUCAUAAAUAUAUGAGAAAAAAGUUCUUAUGUCAUGAUAAUAAAGUUGUAUUUAUACCAGAAAAAAGGUUUUAAUAGAAUAGGUGUAUUUUGACAGGAAUAAAGCUAAAACUUCACAGGAAUAAGAAUAAACAUAAGAAAAAAACUUGUAAGGGAAAAGUUUUACAUUUAUGAGAUGACAGUGUUAAAAUUUACAAAAGAAGAGUUUUAAAUUAAAAAGUUGUAAAUUUACAAGAAAAGAGUCAUAAAUGUAUGAGAAAAAAGUUGUAAUAUUAAGAUAAUGAAGUCGUAUUGAUACCAGAAAAAAAUGGUUUUAAGAGAAAAAGUUGUAUUUUGAUGGGAAUGAAACUUAAACGUCACAGAAAUAAGAAUAAACAUGUAUAAGGAAAAAAAACUUGUAAGGGAAAAGUUUUACAUUUAUGAGAUUACAGUGGUUAAAUUGACAAAAGAAGAGUUGUAAAUUAAAAGGUAAAAAGUUGUAAAUUUACAAGAAGAAGUUGUAAAAUGUUGACAUUGAUGUUGUAAUUUUUAUGAGAAUGAAGAUGAAGUUUUGUGAGAAAAAGGCGGUCAUUUCAGGCUAUGGUUAUCCCUUAUAAUGCCAUAUAACACAGGGUGACAUCAACUGUCGGCACUCAAAUUGAGCACACUGAUCAUCAUACAAAGUUAUGUAUACUGUAGAUCUAUAAAUAAACAGAGAAGUGUCUCCUCCAAAUAAAUCCAAGUAUCGAUUUUGCUGUAAUCUGAUCUGAGAGGUAUUUGCUCUUUUACCUGGAAGUUCAAUAUGAGGAUAGUUGAAAAGGUGUGACGUCAAACCUGCAGCUCCACCAACCAGAUCAUUUCUACGCCUGUGUAAUGGCUGUGUUUUGGCUUCACUUUUUUCAGGGGGGGAUGAGUCACAUCAUCCAUACUAGUAUGAAGUCAGUGAUCAUCUAUGUGAGGCUUCUUGCCAUACAUCAUGAAAGUGUUUAUCUAAUGCGUGAUCUCUGGAGCCUUUCCUGAUGACUACUCCUUACUCUGCAGACAUUUAGCCUCAUUCUGUUUCUGCAAGGGCGUGUAGUGCAGACACCGAGAACAAAACUCUGGACCAUAAAAGUAGAACAAAACCCUUAAAGCUAAAUCAAUGGCGGUACGUUUGCUUCUGAGCAUGCAUCCAUAAAAAAAAGUGAAAGCCUCCUACUGGUAAAUCAUCUUGAGUGUGUUUAUAUGACUAUUUGCACAAUGUUAAUUUAUAAUUGGUAGAUACUGUGUCUUUGUAUAUAUUUGUUAAUAUAGGUGAAUUAUUUGAUUGCUUUCUAUAUAUUUCAUGGCAUGUAUGUACAAGUGUAUUUUCAGGUGGGGAUGAAUGUUUGUGUUUUCAGUAUUCUAGAAAUGUGGAUGUGUUACAGUGGGGGUGAAUUGAUGGCUGGGCUGAUAUUAAACAGUGUAUCCGGCUUCACAUGGAGCGCAGAGGUCAGAUGUCUUUAUGAGUUAGUCCCACUCUUGCAUAUACAGUAUUGCACCACAGGACAUUCUUAGAAAUCAUGCCUAUGUAUGGCAUGAGGAAGACGCAGCUCUGUGGUUAAUAAUGGGAGCUACUCUGUGUGUCAUUCUGUAAUGCAGCGUUAAAUGAGAGUGCGACAGCCACAUGUUUUCCACUCACAUAAUAGCUCUGGGCAUUUACACUGCAGCCAGGUGCUGGUAUUGAGCCUGUGUAAAAUAUUUCCAUCAUCGUCUGCUGAGGAUCGUAAUAGAGGAGGAAGAUACCAAUGCUCAGAGGAAACACACACACAUACACACACACAAUGCAGCUGCUGAUGUACAGAGGUGAAACAGUGACAAAGGCAUGGUGUUUAAUAUUAUUCAUUAGAGUAUGUAGUUGAAGUUUUUGGCUAAAUUCAUUUUGAAAUAAUACUUUUCUAAAGUGGUGAUCAUAGCCAUGUAUGUUUUAAAGCCAGCAGCUUGGGUCAAAUCCCUCCUCUGGACCAAAGUGGUUCUGUCUGAAUGUAUUCUCUAAGAGGCCCAAAGCAGUCUAUUCCUUUUCUGUUUUUAAGUGGUCGUGUACAGAAUAUUUGCUGUAAAAACUGACUGUGUCCAGGUGUAUACACUUUAUCAUAUGUUGUGUCUGCAUAACAAACUUUGUCAAAAUGGUGGAAGAAUAAAUUUAAACAUGAGUUUAAACCGGA